ACACACCGGAGACCCGUCAGCCACGCACACCGACCGAUGCCCGCGGUGCAUUAAAAGCGUUUAAAGCUCUGACUGAAGGGGGGUUGCGGACUAAGGAUCACAAAAUGUGGAUUCAGCCUGAUUCAUCUCUGAGGAACUGAACCAAGACGAGCAGGAGGAACGGGUGAGUCUCUCUCUGCAGUACAGGGACGAUAAUAAUGACCCACCAUCGGGCUUUUACUACGUUACGCUUCAAUCCACCAGACAACGGGAGCCCCUUGUCAGCCGUGGAUUUGCUCUGACUAAUCUGUCUGCCCGGGCAGGAUCUGCUCUUGUUUGUGUUGUAGUAAUUCUGCUGAGGUGUGUUUACGGACAGGAGUAGUUUUAAAACGGUGUCACUCUGCUGGGCUUUUGACACCGUGUUGGUGCUGUUCACUCAGGUUUGCUGGCAGGUUGAAGGUGUAAACGAGUUUCCCACAAAACGUGCUACUCCUAGCGUAAAUAUUUCGCUGGGGAUGAAACGCACAGUCCUACCAGAGGGUUUAUUAUAUGAGGUGUUUUUCACAUAAACACAAACUUUCAUAAAACUGCGCGAAAACUGAUAACACGUCGAUUAAAAUUCGAGUUUAUGAGCCGAUUUUAAGUAACCCAUGGUAACGGUCUGUCAGUUAACGGCCAGCGCUGUUUGAGAUGUCAGGAUAGAGCACGUUGCUCCUACAGGGAAGUUCUCGCUCUUUAUGUCAGCCUGUUUAUCAUUUAUUAACGAAACCACAUCCCAUCAGUUCUCUUACUAAUUCACAAACACUGAAUGUGUUUUCAUGACCGAGCGGGGGGCACAUGUUUUAUACAACAGAUACAACCGGAGCUCGCGCUGGGACAAAGGACCCAGCCUCCCGCCCCCUUAUUCCCGCCCUCUGCUGCCGAGCGGUGAACACCCACCCCGGGAUAAUACGGCAUAAAUUCCUGUGCUGGCCUCGUCUUCGUGGAAAUAACAAUAACUUGAUCACUUAUAAAAAGCGGGGUUUGUGUUUUUUCGUUUUUAGUAGUUGCACUUAGCUUUAAUGUACAUUCGUGACAAAAAGACGCGCUAUCACAAGGCGUUUUUGCCGUAUUUUCUCACAUAUUUGUGUUAGUCACUCUUCAGCUCUUAAACCUUUAGAAAUAAUAUACUCCGACAUAUUUUGAAAACCGUCAAAUCUUUGUGGACAGAUGAGCUCCUUAUAUUGUUCUCCCUCCCCGCUGCCAUCAUCUCGUGGUGGGAAAACACAGCAUCAUCAGAGUAUCUGCAGCACUUGGUAGUAAAGGGAGGGGGCGGGGGGCUGGGGUUUAUGUACAGUUCAGCUGAAUGAAGCAGAUGAGAGUUGAUGGAGGCCAGUUACCACCUACAAUCUUGCUGCAGACUGUUAUAUUAAAAAAAAAAAACUAUGUUUGUCCUGCUUUGCUGUAAAUAUUGCAUGCACUUGUUAGUGUAGAGUAAUGCUGAAACAGAGACCAGUCGUUGGAGCUACAAGAAAUUAAAGGGACAGUUCACUGAUAAAUACAGCUGUGGCUCAUCUUGUGAAGUUGUUACACAAACAUGAGAUUUUUCUGUGGUUCUUUGUCUACCCAGAGAAUGUUGUCAAAGUGUACUCAAUAGAUUAAGAUACUCAGUAUUUAGUUGAUAAGAUCAUGUCUGAACACGAAAAUAGGAAAUAGCAGUCAGCUUGUGCCACAGAGCAUAGUGGAGAAUAACUAUUGAAAUCAAUUCCUUAUUUUUGCUGCUGUGACUUAACUCGGUGAACACUGGACAGUCUGUGCUGAUAUUUAAGGGUGCAGGCACUCAUUGUGAUGUUUGAGGUCAGGCUUCUGCAUGUGUGUGAGAGAGAGUGCGAUACAGAUUAAGUGUGCAUGAUGGAGAGUUUGAUGUUGGUUUUGUACUUAACUCUGCAGUCUGUGCAGAGCUCGAGCAGGACUCUAUCUCAGGUGGAACAGGUGUGUGAGGAGACAGUGGGGAGUGUUUCCUAGUCCACUAACAUCACUGGUGGUAGAGUCGCGAAGAGGUGGGAACAAAGAUUUCUGUGCACUGAUAUUUGGGAGUAAAAUAGAAGCGCUGUAAUGCUAAUCUGAGAUGCACCAUCAACACAGCAAAGACACACUGCACCAUGAAUUUUGAACUCGAAUACCUUUGUUUUAAGACCAACACAUUCGUGGGUGCAAGUUCAUUUGUUAUUUACACAAUGUCAGUACUAACAGCACUUGUUGCCGUUUUGCUUUGUGCAGGUUCUAAAGUCGGGCACAAUGUUUCUUGACCAAAUAUCUAAGCUAGUUUCAAUGGGAGGUUUGUGAUUUGUAAGGAAUAAUUUGAUGUAAAUAAGAACACUGACAAGGUGAGCAGGACUCUGAUGUGGUCUACUCACAUCAGUCAAAGUCAAACUAUGCAACACUGACACAAGUCAAUCCAAACCAUGAAAAACUGAUGUAAAGAUGAUUUUAAAUGUUUCAAAUGCAAAGACACUCUGGCUGUGGUUGAUUGUAGCGUCUCUGUGUGCAUAGGUAAGGUCUGAGAAUCGAUAAGUGGACACACACUGUAUUCUGUUGGGGGAUUUCUGUGUCUUGUAUAGACAAAGCAUUUAGUGUCAUUUAUGUUACUCAUGCAGUCUGUGUGGGAUAUUUUUGAAUGAAUGGACAGCUGGUGGUUUGUGUCCUGAGAGGAGUGUGAAGUGUGUUUUCUGUGGUCUGUGUGGAGGUGUUCACUCACAGAAAUAACUGUUUUCUUAUCCACUGUGUUCAUGUAACAUGUGAGUACAUAACCAGCAUGAACUCAUUUAUCAAGUUAGCCAUAACACAUGCUUAUGAUUUUAUGACGUUCAUUGAUCAGAGAAGAGGAAGCCGAGAAAAUGUUGGAAAAACAGGUUAAAAUGAGUUUGAAAACAAUUUCUGACAAAUUGUGUGCCAGAUGCUGUUAACUUUGAAGUACAUCAUAAAGAAUACUCUGCCUCUGUACAAGUUUGCCAUGUUAAGAUUAAGAUAAGUAACACAAGUUAGACUAAGCUCCACAUAUUUUGUUCCCCCACAAAGCAACUUUGUUUGAUUUCCACAACUUUUUCUGCAAGUUUAGCUGCUCAUGCAGCCUUUUCAUGUCAACAUUUACAUCACCACAUGUUCGUCUGUGAUGCUCAAAUAUUGAAAAUUAUUUGCUUCACUUGAUUCUGAGCAAAAAGACGAGCUGUGUUAUGAACUGAGGAUGAUAAAACUAAUCCAAAGACAAUGAAGAGACAAGAGGAAGAGCUGAGAGCAGACGAGGAGGAGGGGGAGAAGGAGGAGAAGGAAGAGGAGGAGGAGAAAGAGGAGGGGGGCGCUGCUGCAGACAAAAGAUAAGAUAAAGGCGAUGACAAUGAUGCUGAUGGUGGCAGGGUGAAAAAGAGGUCUGUGAAGAAAGGUGUUGGAGAUGCAGAGAAGAAAUGUGUGCCAGGUGUCAUCUACCUGGGACUCAUUUCUCUGAUGUUCCGCCCAAAACACCUGAGGAAUCUGCUGUCACUGUACGGAGAGAUCGGAUGCAUCUUCCUCCAACCUGAAGAUGGUCAGGUGAGGAAAAGGAAGAAAAAGUCAGGUUUCAGGAGGUGUGACUUCACCGAGAGCCGGGUGGAGUUUGUUGACAAAAGAGUUGCCAAAUGAGUGGCAACGUCUUUGCACAACAUGCCGAUAGGAAACAAGAAAUGCCAACAAUUCUCCUCCGAUCUGUGGUCAGUGAAGUACCAGCACAGGUUCCAGUGGACUCACCUGAGUGAACGUCUGGCGUAUGAGCAAACAUAUGCAGCAGAGAGGCUCAGGAUUGAGGACUGCAGGCAGUAUCAGAAAGAGGAUGAGAAUCAGAUGAAGAAAAAGAAGAACUACAUUACCCAGAAGCACCAAGACAAUGCCCGCCUCAUACAACAAAAGAGCCAAUCAGACAUCACACUUCUGGCCAAGAUUUUUAACACCAACAAAUUAGUGUGAGAGGAGAAACACAACAAAUUGGCUAUUAGGCAAUACUGCUGACACAGAAAUGCACCAACCAACCUAUCACAGCCCAGCCUGGAGAAGGGGGAGAGUUUACUGUAUCAAUUGCUGUGCUUUCCUACAUUUGUUUGUUUGAUUUUUUUGCCAACAAGCUUUUAAAGUCUUGAUGAGUUCAGUGGACUGACCUAUGACAUCAGUUAAGUCAGAUUUACCUGUGCAGGUGACAGAUAUCAGAGCAGAGCAGCUUUAAAUCUCUGCAUAAAAAAUCUUUUCAAUGUGUAAAAGAAGAUUAAGAUAAAUCAGACAAAUUAGACCCAUUUGCACUCUUUUUCUUCGACAAAGCAACUCGUUUCAUUUUCGCAACUUCUACCUCUUCAUGUCGACAUUUACAUCACCACAUGUUCUUUUGUGAUGCUCAAAUAUUGAUACCUAUUUGCUUCCUUUUAUACCUGUAUGUUGUAUAAUUUAACUUGACAUAAAUAACUAGAAGAUACAGUAUACUCAGCAAUGUGUAUGCAAUUUUUAUUAAAGUCAUACGAAAUCAGGCCCUUUAGGCUGCACAGAAAAGACCCGAAUGAUCAGUCACACAAACAGAGAUGUACAUUUAGCACACAGGUAACUCAUAGAGGAGUGUAUCUUUGUAUAAAGUGAUGAGCUGAGUGAAGCCACGAUUAAAUAUUUUGAAAAUAUGACUACAGUUUUUUGUUUCUCAGAUCCUCUGCACAAAUGUGAGGACAUGUUUACAUGUCACUGUUUAUACAUGACUGAUUUUUCGGCAUCACACAUUUAUUAUUUGGAGAUCCUGCAGAUCUGUUUGUGUGUCUUUUGUUGGAUCCGCUUUUUAUGUCGCUUUUUUCCCAUAAUAUCACAACUUUAUUCUUGAGCAUUUCCUCGAUUUUUGUUACAUAACAAACAAAUUCUCCUUGUAUUGCAUCUCUAAAAUGAAAUAUUGACCUUUACUUUAAAUAUUUUUGGCUCGGUUCUCUUCAAACUAUUUUUAUUAGCAUUAAAAAGUGCUGUUUUUUCUAGUAAUAUAACAGUCCACAUAAAUAACUCAUGGUACUCUGCUACAAUCUUUCCUUAUUAAAGCCUGAAUUUCUUAUUUAUUUUAUGUAUAUGUUCUUAGUGCAUUCAUAAAACUUCAAAUUAGGGCUGCAUGAUGUAAAAAAAAAAAACUAACAUUGUUAACAACAACUAGAACUCAUUGUACCCUCGCUCUAUUUCCAUCUACAUGCCGUCAUGAGAGGACGUCCUCCCUGAGGGGUGUGUGUGUUUGUGUGCCUGUAUGUGUGUGUGUGCUCAAUCACAUGUCUGCACUAUGUGUCAGUGUUUGCUUCCUAUAUAAUCCCUGUGUGUGCAGAUUUAGUGGCGUUACACACUCUAAAUUAUUUAGCUGUUUAAAAAAGUGACUCAUUGUGGUCUUUGUGGAGUCACAAGUUCAUCUAACACGCUAUAUUGAGUAUUCUGUAAGUGAAGUGUAAGCACAUGAAAAGCAUUUAUUAAUAAAAGCUCCAUAUGUUCAUUGCUGUACUGACAUCAAAAAACUCUGCUCAUCUUAAAGAGACAGUUAUUUCACAUGUUUUUUAGACCAAUGCUGGAAAUUUGAAUUUAAAGAUAUAUACAUGGUAAACAACAAAACACCAAUCCAUAAGAAAUUCAAAUUAAGUUAAAACAUAAAUCUGUGUUGAGAGUUUCAAGAUGUAUGUCCACCAAUUAAACCUCAUCUUAUUGGCACCAGAAUCGGCAGCCAGUCAACCAUGUUAUUGAUAAUUUGACUAUUGACAGACUGAAACAUCAGUCAUAUGCUGUGUCUAAACUGUGUGCUCUGCUGCCAUGAUGCUAGCACGCUCUGGUACCUGGAUGUAAACAAGCACAGAUGACAGUUGACAUCUCACUGUGCAGCAUGCUUUGACAGUAUUUUGAGGGAGAAACAUGUAAGGAAGCUGUGUCUGGUCAAACUGACAUAUAACCACUAAAAUCUUCCUCAAAGGGAGACUCCAGCGUAAAUUUAAGUUACGAUUUAGGUUACACGUAACGCCGAGUUAGACACCGCCUCGGAGAUGAAUGUUGCAGACUGCUUGCCUGCUGAUAGACCUGUCUCAUCAAAGUCCAGCAUUGUUGUAUACAGUGUCUCCUUUUGAAGUGUUAUUUCUAAACAGAUUAUCCCUCAGUGUUUUUGGCAAGCCUGUUUUUUUUUUUUUCUCUUUAAAUCAAGAAAAAAUGAUACUUUGGAGAAAUGUUGACAUCUGUCAGAACAUGGAUCAUUUCAGCAUCGUAUCAAGACCAUCUGUAAUCACUGACAAUUUUGGGCAUGAUAAAAAAAAAAAUUAAAAAGAGGCUCACAGAGAGGCUGUGACCGUAGACUGUAUAUACUAUGGACAACUUGGUUCCGCCUCCCGCCUGUAUACAGAUUUGAAGCGAAAUAGCUCUCUGUGUUUCCAGGAUUUUUCCUCAUUUCCUGAAACCAGCACUGCGCAGUAGCGAUGCGCGCAUUCGGGCGCGCAGUUGCAGAGAGUCGCUGUGAUGUCACUCGGCUCAAUCAGCGUAUCCUCCGGGAGAGCUACGCAAUCCCUGAACGCCCAUAGGCUGUAUCAGGUGUCAAUCAUAGAAAACAUGAACCCCCUAAUAACUUCUAAAGCGGGGCCGUACAGAAAAAAGACUUGAGCACAAACCAGUCUUACUGUAACUACAUGUCAACAUCACAAGCAGGGGGGAGAAAAAAUUAUGUUCUGUUUAAUAAAUUUCUUAAGUUUGUCCACAGCCCCAUAAGCUUUGCUGGCGGAGGCGGGAUUUAUGACCUAUACUGCAGCCCAUCAACAGAGGGCGCUGUUCUCAGAGUGGCUUCACCCAGCAAGGAGGCAGACUCUGUCCAUUCUUUAUAUGCUGUAUUGGCUGAAUGAGAUCGUGUUGGUUCGUUCCACUUAAGUGGUGCAACAUAAACUGUGAUUCAUAAAAUAGCUCUAUUGAUAGUAAGUACUAAAAAAAAAUAUCUACCUAUGUCAUCCAGUCGAUUUUUAGUAAUCAGUGCUUCGGUGUCGAACUAUUUCCUUUCUGUGGCGUAGUGAUACUUGCACACGCGCAAUCGAAUAUGCAAAGGUGGCACAUUGAGGAUGGGGAGUUGGCAGUGACAUGGAUGACUACAAAUCCUGCCCCUGAUAGUGUGCAGAUAGUCCAAUGUAGUUGCAAGACAACCAUAUGUGAGACUGAACGAUGUUCUUGUAUGUCUGCAAGAUUAUCUUGUACAGAUUUAUGUCAGUGCCAAGUAUGUGAGAAUGCUUCAAAGGAAACAGAGGAAAGAGCUGUAUGGGAUGAUGACUCUGAUGAAAGUGACAGUGAUGCGUAAUAUAUGCACCAUGUCACCAUGUACAAUUUGUUUUGACUAAAGGAUUGCUACACUGAGAUUUGAGGUUUUUAUUAUUUUUAUAUUUGUUCUACAUUUGUCUGCGUUUGUGUUUUGAUGUUUAUUUUCAUAUUCUGGAGGGAUUGAUAAAUGUCAGAUGUUUUGACACUGUGAUACUUUAAUAAAUAUUUUAUACCAUAUUUUGAAUUAAUUCAGACCUUUUGUGCAUUUAUUUUUGUCUUGUUACAUUUUUUCCAUUAUUCCAAUUUUGGGGGGUGUGGUAGGAAUUUGAUUGACUUUCAGCCAUUUAUGGCCAAGAUGUGCUGUUUAUAUUUUAUUGAUUUUAUUACACAUUAGGUUGUGUCAUUUUUAUGUAUGAAACACAAGCUUUUAGCUAAAUUUACUGUAUAUAUUUCAUUGUGCUGAGUGCAAAUCAUUUGAGUUAAGACGUUUUCUUCAAGAAAUUUGCUACAUUUCAUAAUCUGAAUUCACUUAUGCGUAUACUAAGGCACCAAAAACUGUUUCAGAUGUUAGGUAGAUGUAUUAAUGACAUUUGAGAAAGAUUUUGUCUUGCCAGAAUCAACAUAGCAGUUUCUACAAGCAAAAACAGCAGCACCAUAUAAUUGUUUUUUGGGUUACUCACAUAUGUACAUUUCUGGCUGGUGACAAAAGUCGGAUAGAUAGUCUGAGUAGAUAUUUUAAUCCAAAGUCCAGAAGGGUAUUGUCUUUGCAAAAAUGCAUUGAACAAGUAGCACCAGCGUAGUGGAACGAAAUUCACUUUCUAGGCACUUUUUCCUUUGUCCCAAUACAGCCUAUUAUACAGUCUAUGGCUGUGACCCAGGAUCAGGGUAAUACCUGACAUGACCACUAGGGAGCAGAUGGAGUAGCACUCACUGCUUGAAUGAAUGGAGUGAUGUAAUGGUGUAAUGGUGGGGGGUGAGAGCUGCUCUCUGGAUCCUCUGAACACUGUAUCGCAGCAGAAUAAGCACACUGAUAUAACAACAUGUUUCAGGUUUUACUGUCUGAAAAACUGGAAGUUUAAGUCUGGGAGUAAUGAGUCUGUUUUUAGAGAAGGGAUCCACUCCACAGCUCAGUCAUGUGUGUGUGCAGGUGAGUGCACCUGAUCAAGGACAGCCUGACUGUGUGUGUGUGUGUGUGUGUGUGUGUGCGUGCGUGCGUGCGUGCGUGCGUGUGUGUGCGUGAAGGUGAUGAGUGCAGACUGUCUCUGGAGACAUGGCACAGCUCUAGGACAGACAUAGGACUCCUCAGAUCCUCAGCUCUCUUUCUGUCUCUGUUUUUCAUUCUCUUAAUCAUGUUUAUCUUUCCUUCUUUCUUUUUUUCUUUCUUUCUUCCUUCCAUCUCUUGGCUCAUCAUCUAUUUUUAUCACCUUGGCCUCAGCCCUCUGUGAGGUGGUGUCUGUCUCAUCUUAUCUUUGUGAGUCUGAUUUAUUGAUCAAGCUGUGAGAUGAAUGAAGGACUGUUUUGUCUCCAUAUUUCCCUCUGUCAGGGGUUGGGAACUUUCCACAUUUAAAAUGCUUUUGCACAGCCACACCAGGAUCUUUUUUUCAUUCUUAAGGUCCUUGACCACAAAAUUUCCCCAAAGUUGUUUGUCAACACAUGUCCCUCACAGAGUGAAUUUUCCCUCUUGGAUGAUGAAGAUGGUUGGCAUGGGUGGGAGAUAAGUCUCAGAAGGCAGGACAUGACAUCAAACUGUAGAAGAGUGAAGCGGUCAGCAUCUAUAAAGGUCAAUUCACACACUUGUGACAAGUGUGUCAAUUCACACACUUGUGACAUACGACUCAUAUGACUUCACUUCAAAAUUGUUGAACCAACCUUUAAGCUACAGCAGAAAUCAACCUGUUUCCAGCCUGGAAUAAGAACAGUUUUGGUCUGGAUUGCUCAUUUCUUUGUGUGGACAUACUGUACAGAGGGUGAGCAUAGAAUUUGCAUGAUAUGGGGCGUGGCUCAUGUCAUUAGCAGGUAGGAGCUUUGUUGGUGUUUGCCAGUUUAUCAAUCCAGAGGCACCCUCACUGAGACUACGUCCAUAAUGUAUACAGUCUGUAAGUCAAACCAAGUUGUCCCAUUGUUGUCUGAGGUCGUAACAGAGGCUGUUUGGUGCAGACACUUUGCAAACAAGAUGUCUGGAUUCGCCCACCCACGGCGUCUGCUUCACUUGUUUUGAAUUGAGAAGUUUUUCCAAUAAAACGUACACUCCAAAGUGUAUACUUAUAUACAAAGUGUAUAUUAUAUCUGAUGGUGCAUUGUUUGCUUUAAAUUCAUGACUUGAUAAAACGAAGAAGAAAAGCUGAUAAAACAAAGUGACACCAGAGCCCUGCUUCCACAUAUCCCACAAUGCUUUGUGGAAGAAUUCUAGCGCUGCCACAGCCAGCAGUUCCACUUUAGCAUUUGUGUUGCCAAAAAUGUGUGUAUCCAUUGAAAACAGCUGCACACACUGUGAAUAUCAAAUCUUAGCUAAAGCUGGAGUUUACUUCACCCUCAUGUACGUGUUUGAGUCCACUAAUGCAUGUUUCUCAAUUAUCUCAAACCUAAGAAAAUCAGCCUACAGUCUUCAAUCAAAUGCAGACCUCUGUAUUGAGUCAAAUUACAAUCAUACAGAUUUUGUAACACCAGCAAAUAUUUGGUUGUUUUUCCCACUACUUAAGUGUGACAAUGAAACUUUUGAUUGACACCCUGGACACAAACUUGUCAUUGUUCAGACCCCGAAAUCAGUCUAUUUCUGAUUUUUUUUUGUUGCUAUGGAAAAGGUAAAUGUGUCACUUCCUGCAGCUUUAUCUCAGAUAACCGGUAACUCUUUGGGCUCUAUUUUCGUGCGCGCCGGUGAGGCGGCGGAGGGCGGCGAGCCCCGCGCAGUUGUAUUUUCGUCUGGCGGAGCCCAGCGUAAGGCCAAUUUGGUAUUUUCGUGGCAUGAGCCGCACGGAGGCGAGCUGAGAUCCGCCAAGCUGGGCGUGGUGGUGUGGCAGGGGGAGGUGUCGACAGAAUCAGCAGGCGCAGUGACAUUUUCGUGCUUGCCAACGGCGUGUAAAGUGCGCUGAAAGCUCGCCGAUUCAAACCUGGUCAGCUUUCAGCGCAAGGCGGAACGCAGCUGGUCUAGUAGUAUUUUGGUAGACCGGCGGCGUAUCGACAUACGUCACUGAUGCCUCACCGGCAGGUUUCCACAGUGUCAGGCACAUUUCAGUGCAAUAAAUAAUCAUCAUCAACUAUUAAUCUGAGUCAGCACAUACAUUUAGAUCUAUAUAGAUAUAUUCUGAUCUAUAUCUGAUCUGAUGAGCGCGUUUGGCACGCGUUUGGACAAACAACCUGACCGAAUCAACGCUGAGUUUGCGGCACGUCUCCGGCGAGGCACCAAAAUAGAGCCCGUAGUCUUUCAGUCAGUCCAUCGACGAGCAGAAAGACAUCUCUGAACGUUUCUGUUGGUAUAAGAUUGACUCGGCCUACAUGCUCUAAAGAAAACACAGCUGCCUCUUUUCUACUGUUGCACAUUCAAUAUUUCAUGCAUCCAUCUGUUCACACCUUGCAACAAUGAAAAGUGUCACCCGCAGCAAAUUUGUCAUGGCAGGGAAACCAUCUCCUAAUCCCGGUGAGAGCCGUCGGUGCUGACAUUAAAGCGCUUCAUCGAGCACUAAGCUGCCGCUGCGUGUUUGUGUCUUGGAAGAGAUUUAAGCAGCUAUUGUUUAGACUUCACAGAGAGACGGUGAGAAUUUCUGAUGAGGAGACAAUCUGUCCUCAGGAAGAUGUUUGUAUCCUCCCAGAGCGGAGGGCGAUACUGUAAUCAGAUGGAGUUUUAAAUCAUCAGACAAAUCAGAAACCAAAUGAGCAGCAGCCAAACUCAGAGCUUCCUCCUUGCCGCUGCUGCUCCAGGCCGUGUUGGCUCUCCUGGUUUAUCUGGUGCUCAACCUUUCCACUGAUCUGGCAACCCAUCUGGCAUGGCCGGCAGUGAUUGGUGCAUUCAGGGGGACAGAUGGUGAGAUGGUGGUCAGCUGUUUUGGGCUCUGCUUAAAUCCACCAUAUUCUAUGUCGGGGCUGCAGAGCUAAAGCUAAAGCUAAAUCUGUUGUUGAUCUUCCAGAGGGGCUCUGCUCUGCUGGGUUAAAAAUACAGAGGGGACAAAAUCAGGCACCUGUGCUCUGACUGUUGGCUCUUUCAGGUGUGAGGACUGUGCUCUGCUACAUUAAAAAAAAAGUCAGUUAUCUGCACUCUUUCAUCCGAGACAGAUAUGACUGAACGUGGUCUUAAAGAUUUGGUCAUGUCAACUCAAAAAUCUUAACAAUAUAAGACUCUUUAACUUUGAUAUGAUACGAGUAAAAAAAAAAACAACAAAAACAUGAUGCGAACAUAUUUGGCACCUAUAAAUGGGAUGUUUUUGUAUUUUUCACACUUACCUGCACACAUUCACUUGGCAUGGCACUGUGGGGAGGAUUUUCUCCUAUAUCAGGGUAAAGACUAGUUUUGCAAUAGAUUACACUUGGUCUUCUUCUGUCUGUUUAGUCCACCACCCAUGGCGGGGCCCUCCUAAUCCAUAGGAUGAUGGAAAAUUUAUCACAUAUGUACCAUGACAAGAUGCCUCUAGCUUGAGGAGGUCUUUGUUUGUUUAUGAACCCUGGACUGAACAUGAAGACAACAUGGCUACUGGAACAAAUACCUGCAUGACCCAAACCACUCUGUGAGGUAGUUCGUCUAAAAAUAAGAAUAGGCUAAUGAGGGGCUGCUAAAUUAUGGUAAAAAUUAUUGUGAUUAUUUUGAUUGAUAUUGAUAUCAUUAAAAAUGGUUACCCAUGAUUUGACUUCUGCAUUACAUUCAUAUACUCGAAUUAAAGGCUCUUAAUUCUUUCAAAAACACACUAAGUCCCACAAUCACAAAACCGGAUCAUUGAGACUGAUUUUAUUGUAUUUCCACCAUUAUGCGUUAGAGUGUAGACAAUGAUUUGAGCCUUUUUUUAAAGCUGUGGUACUGUCAGCACACUGUAGAUUAAAUGGUUAUAAACCAGAGUUUUUUAAUCCUUAAUCAGACCUUGUACUUGAUAUUAGUUUGUUAUUUACAGCAGAAAACAGUUGAACAGAAUCAACCAUGAAAGAUAUCGCCCAAUCAAAUCAACAACCUUCUGGCUGAUGUAGUUUUGGUACAAAGGUUUUUCUUGCUGAUGGCGAAAAGCAAAGUUUCUGUUUAGCUGAUUGUGUAUUAAGCAGAGUGUGUCCUGUCCUGUGUGUGUGUGUGUGUGUGUGUGUGUGUGUGUGUGUGUGUGUGUGUGUGUGUGUGUGGGCUGAUGUAACUGUGCCAAUGAAGCUGUAAAGGCAGUUUAAUGUUGUGAAGGUUCCACCUGUCGGGAUGGAUUAACAUGCUCUCACAUUGCUCUCAUGUCUGCAGCUUGGUGAAGACAUGUCUCCACUUUGAUGUGAUGCAAUUAAGGUUGUGAGAGCUACAGGAUUACAGCGAGGAAGGUGAUAAACAGGAAGUCUAUCAUGCUCUAAAACCGUGAGGCGAGCUUAAAGAUCGCACCCAGACCCAACAGAGUGCUGCAUCAAAACCCUACAAGAUACAGGAGGACAGACAUAAUUAAUAAAACUGAGUCCGUCUCACGUGUUUGUACAGUAAGACAGCAUUAGUUCAUUGAUUCUUUGUCUUUCAGUCAGGAUUUUUUGCUCUGAGAUUUUGACUUUGCUAUAAAAACCUUUAACAAGUAUUGUACCAGGUAACGUUUCUAAAAGUGUACCGUAAGUAAAAAAAAAGGUGAAACUAGAGGGGCUUUCACACUGACGUCAUAUGGUCUGGACUUUCAGACUUUUCUGUUUGGUCUGAACCAAAAUGAUACGUGUGAAACCUCUUCUGGACCAAACAGCUGGACCUUGAUCCAAGCAAUAGAGGUGGUCUAUGUCCGAACCAAAUGUAACCAUGGUCUGGUUCAUGCCUGGGUGAAAGCUUUAUUUUGAAAGGUUCAGACCUGCGUACCAAAGACAGGAAAUGAGGCGAGGAGUACAAGUAUCUGUUAUUUUGUUGAAUGGAGAUAGUCCAUAACAGGAAGUUUUAUAAUAUUGUAGAUAAAGUUAUACCUCACUAUUGACAGCUUAUCUUUUCAAGAGUUUUACAACACAUACUUUCUCUCCAGAGUCGGUGUUGCAGCGGCUCGCAGGAUUGUAUACUUUCUUCUCCUUUCCCGUCAGCCACAAUAAAGUUGUCAUCUAAUGAUGAAAUUGGUUCGACAAACUCAGACCAGCCUCAUGUACAGGUCUUCAAGUUAUCGCUGUUGGUCGUAGAAAAUCAACAAUAAUAUGAUGGUGGGAAUGACUGACGGCCAAAUGACUAAUCAAUGUAAACUACAGAGACACACAAAGCACGUAGUUGAUGACGAUAUCAUGUAGGUUCGUCAUGUAAAGUUGGUUAGUCCGUUUUCAAUAAUGACAUUGUGAAACUUAAACAGACUGAACCAAAUGUAGACAAUGUAACAAAAACACAGACCUUGAUCUGGACCUUGUUCUGGACCUUGGUCCAAACUUUCAGGUGUGAAAACACCUUUAGUUUUACUCCUUGAUUUUUAGACUUUUUGGCACUUUGAAUGUUGAUGUGACCCUGCAGAUUUUCCUUAAGGACUUCAACAACUGCUCCUUUGUGAUCAGGGUCUUCACUUUUAUAAUUAAUAUGAUGGUUAUUUAAAUUCUGUGGUUGUUUUAAAUGAAGUUGAGGAAAUAGAAAAAACAGAUACAGUUACACCAUAAAAAACAAACCUGUCUGUGAACUUUUGAUGAUAUUCUCACAAAUCAAGAAACAUCAACUGCUCUGAGGAUUUGAAGGCUCAACAUUCCUGCACCUACUGGACAACCAGGGACGGUCUGUAUUUCAGUCUAUGUGCAGUUUGUUGAUCCAAGACCUGUGCUAACACAUGCACAAAAUGUAUAGUGUCAAAUCCUUUCAUUCGAACUUUCCAGACUUUGUCCUGUCAGCCUCGAGUAAAACUCAAGAAAUCAGCUGAUGUGAGAGCACAGUGGGAAAUGUUCAGGAUGUGAGACCAUGAAACUGUAUUGUUGGACUUGUGCAAACUCAAAAGAGUGACAUGCAGCAUGAAUAAAGCGUCUUGGGCUGAACAAGGACAGUAAUGUGCUAAUAUGAAUGUAUUAUAGCUGUUGGCACCAGAUGAUCUGGUGCUGUAAUGAAGUCAGAUCUAUUGAACAUUUUGAGUAGUUUUAUGAAUAAAUAAAGAGUAUAAAACUCUGUGGUUUCAGAGAGGUACAACUUUUUCAGACAGUGUUUAAGUACCUUUAGGUCUUUUAUUGUAGAGGACAUGAAAAUCAUCUCUCUUAUAUUGCCAGUUAGAAAGCAGAUUUUUCUGUGAUUCUACCUCUUUUGUCAGACAGGGAGGACUUCAAGCUUUGGCAGGUAUGAACAAGCAAAACUGGGAACAUUAGUGGCUUUUGAAAAUUUCUCUGAAAAGUGCUGGAGAAACACAUUUUAUACUGAUAUUUUCAAUCAGGUUUGAACACGAAGAAAAACAAACAAGGUAAACUCAAAUCAAUCAGUGAACAAAUUGACCCCCUCUACAUUGGAGCCCUGAGAAAGUGACAGUCUACUGAAGUUUUAUCAGUCUGCUUUAGUUAUCCUCCCAGACUCUGACAUAUUUAGAUCCAGUCAGAUCUGGCUGUUGGAACAAACUGACACAUCUGUGCAGCCCAUGUCUCUGCAGCAGUUCUGGCUGAGCUGUGGUUUGCAGCAGAGAGUCUCAGUGAAAGUCUUCAGUGUGAUUUUUUUCCUAUCUCCUCACUUCUCUUUGACUUGGCUUCUUUCCCAGAGCUCUGGAUUUGAAGUGUUCCCAUCCUGAGCAUGACUCACACAGAGAAACCUUCAGUUUCCCUGAAACCUGACAGGUCUGAUCUAAUUUACGUUUCCUCUAACCACCCGAGGCAGAGUGAUGUCAGCCUGGCCUCUAAGCUGAAAGGAGGACACGGAUGUGUAAGGAAACACAGAUGACCGAAGAGAGGAAGUCCUCCUCUGAUACACCUGUAGACAUCAGACAGGUGAAAUCAAACCCCGGGAACAAGGAUGGGCUCCUCAAUGGUUAUAGAGGAGAGAGAAGUCAUCACAGUGUUCAUAAAACGUGUCUGACAAUGUUUAGUGGUUUUUCAGAUUUGUAGAGUACAACUCCACAGAAACAGAAUUAAUGCAAGGGGUACUUUUCUAAUGCAGACAGAGGCAUCAAAACCACCUUUACACACUGUUCUGAGAAAAUCAGAUGAUUUGAAAGACUAUAAAACUGAACUGAGUUGAAUUAGGAUGAAAAAUUGUAUUCAUGUUUGAAUAAGGCCAUUAACUCAAGACAGCUGCUCCUCUAAUUCUGCAAAAGUUGUACUUUUAACAUCUUGAAAAGUCAUGAAACUUUGUGAGCAGAGAGAGAUGAUCAAUUCACACUAUGAUUAUUUUUGAACCAGGCUGUAAACACAUCUAUUUUUUUCCUGUAAAGAUGUGAUAUUCAGUAUGGGUGUGUAUGUGUCUACUUUCAGAGGGAGCCUCUGGUGGACAGUUGAGGAAUUGCAGUUAAUUGUACCUUCACAUUACUUUAUUUUUUUGUUUAUUUAAAGAAAUCUGAUAAACUCUAACCCUUUGACAUGAUAUCAUGCUGUACUCUGUGAGUUUAUGUAAUAUGUAUGCUGAGAUUUAAGGGGAAUGGCCAUAGUCAAAUUUAGCAAAAACACAGUUGGCUCCCUGGUAGGAAGACUGUUGCUGAUUUCCUUGCAGUGAAGAACCAUUUGACAUACUGAAAGUAGUCCCUGUUUUCCAUAAAUGUGAAGUUAAUCAUUUCAGUUUUUCUAUGUGGAGACUCUGUGGGCGUCUGGCGGCCCACAUGUGUACUUUAUUUUCCUGCCCACGCCGUGUUGCCGUGUGAAGGAGAUGAAAUAAUCCUCGGCAUCGCUGCCUUUAUGACUCACUUAGCUGCCGAGAGCUUCAGCACCCUCUCAAAUUUGAUUCAUUUGUUGCUCAGUUUUGAUGUGACACAUUUGGCCUGGCACCAGAAAUGAACAUAUUAUUGAUAUUGUACGUUUACACUCUGCUGUGUUUAAGGUGAAGCAUGGAGCUUGUUAAAGGAAACGGAGGGUUUAUGGCAGGCAAUGUUGACCUACUCGUUCCUCUUUUCUGUAACAGAGCUCACCUCUGUUCCUCUUCUCUACCUGCCAGGUGAAAAUCUGCAUAAACAUCCAUGAAGGAAAUGUAUGAUAAUGGUUUCAGUAUAAAGGAUCAGACUCAGUUAGCAGAUUAUGACUAACUCAUCGAGUUCAGCCAGAAACUAUUCUCAGCUCAGCGUCUGCAGCUCUGCUCUCCUUUCACACUCACAAAUCUGUUUCCACAGACUGCUGACCUUUGGCCUUUUGUUUAGUUCUCUUUAAUUUUCUUUUGAUUGUGCAGAUUUUCUCAGGAGGGUUUGUGGCACAAGUCUUGAAACUUUGAUGUUUGAACGAUCACCAGAUUGCCUUUAGCUGCACUGUUCAGACUUUAUCUUCCACUCCAAGUCAGAACUGUUGCAUCUGUUCAUGCAGUCAUGGCAAAAUCUGAGGUGUGUUGAUAGGUAAAUUUGUGUUGGGUUGUUUCUUCACUCUUUGUCUAAUUAAUUUCAUAUGGAAGAGAAAAUAAAGAGGCAUUGGGAGGAGCCAGCUGAGAUGGUUCAGGCAUUUAAUAAGGACGCCUCCCUUUGAAAAUGCUUACUGGGAAGUGAUCCAGGGUAGACCCCGACACAUUGGGAUCCCAGGGAUGGAUGCAUGGAUGAAUGGAAAGGUGGUUUUGAUAUUGUGGACAGUCUGUUAUUGUAAGACACAUGGAAGAGUUUGAAGUCUAAUUGUUUGAACCAUCAGUGUCAGACAGUCUGUAGUAGUGCUGGGCGAUAGGACGAUAGAUAUCGUGGGCACGAUAGAAAAUGUCUAUCGUGCCAUUUUUAUUUUUAUCGUUUCGGGCGAUAGGCUGUAUUUUAUCCAUAGGGCUCGUGCCAUCAGAUGAUUCAUAGUAACAACAACAAUAAUUGCACAUUCAGUAAGUGUAUUUGGUGUCAAACGGGAAAGAAAACAAUAUUUUCUUACAAAGAAAAGGAUGCGUUAACAUGUAGGCUCGCAUUUCUCUUUCGAUUUUACAACAUGACGCCGCUUUACGUGCCCUCUUCGUGUCAAGCGUCUCCCGCCGUUGCGGGUUACCUGGGUUACACACGUGAGGAAAUCAUUGUAAGCAGUGCUUAAUUUGUGCCGGGGCAAGUCGGAGCGCGCUCCGGGACCUCUUUUGAUCGGAUCCGGGACCUAUUUCAGCCGCUCCGGCACCUGUUACAUCUGCUCCGGGACCUUCCCUGUAGAGGAUGACGUUUGUCGGGAAUUCCCGUGGGUCACGUGAUUCCCGCGGGAAUCCCACGGGAUGGGAGUCGUUUUUUUUAUUAAUCCCUUGAUCGGGACGGGACGGGAUAAAAAGCAACGGGAGUGGGCAGGAGCGGGAACAACAUUAAUAGAUGAUAAUUUUCAGCCGUGUUUAACAACCAGAUGAACAGGUGCGUCCAUUUUUGUAGUCAUGUCUCAGUGAGAGCCAACACUCUUGAGCGCGCUAGCAACACAAAAGAACUACAACAGUGGUUUGACUUCCUGUCAGCUGGGAGCGCGGCUGCGCAUUUCUACCCUUCGAGCCAGGGGCGGGGAAACGUAAUUUUGUGACAUUCUGUAGUUUUUCAAUCAUUUCUGGAGUCGUGGCGAAUCAAAUCACCUUACCUGUCUGCCCCUGAUAGGCGAAUAAAGCGCUCGGAUUCAUGCUCGGGUCUUGCUACGUGCUUCAAGAGUAAAGUAAACAAUGAUGGAGGCAGAGAGCAGCUUUGGAGGAGAAACAUCCAGCAGUGUGAACAACCUCUUCAAAAGAGCCCCAUAGACCUACCUUUUUAAUAAAGCCUGUGGUUAGCUUUCCUCUAUGCUUAAUGCUUUUACUACCUUGCCUCUUACAUUGCAACUCUAUAUUCUUAAUUUUUUUUAUUCGUUUAUGCCUUUUUUAUGCCAAUCUGUGACUGUCAUUCUAUUGCUUUUUUUAUUGUUGCUGCUCUUUUUUUACUGUGUACUGUAGCACUUUGAGAUUUUUUGUAAAUGUAAAGUGCAUUACAAAUUAAAUUUAUUAUUAUUAUUAUUAUGGAGUGCUUUGACUCACACUAUCGGCGUUUUCUGUGAGUGUUGCAUAACUUUGGGUGAGCACAGACAUGAAUGCACUUCAGCCACGUAUUUAUUUAUUCAUUUUUCUAGUUUUAAGCGCUGGUCUUGUACUGGGACUGUACUAGGGCAGCUGUAUACGCUUUAAUUUUUCAUAGAACUGAAAGCAUACCAUAGCUAUAUCGUGAUAUAUAUCGUUAUCGUGAUAUAAAAUGAUCCAUAUCGUGAUAUACAUUUUUUUCCAUAUCGCCCAGCACUAGUCUGUAGUAUAAAAUCUGUGGACCAUGACAGCUCUCUGUCCCAACAACAUUAAUGUAGCUAAUAUCUGCAUUAAAGCUACAGUGGUUCUAGGCAGGAACGCUCCCUUGCUCACCCCUUGUAUCAGAGGGUUCCUGCUUAAUGUUUCCUUAACGUCUAAUGCUAAUAACCCCAUGCAGAAUAAAUGAUAUUUGGUCCCAUACUGCUGAAAGAAAGAGUUAAAGCAAGCUUGCAUAAACCAUAAAAGAGGUCCAUGCCAUCUCUAUAAUCAUGAGUUUUGCAGAACUCUGCAUUAUCACAGUCCUCGUCACCUCUGGGGUUGAAGCCGUGAAAUGCCUGAGUCUGCUUUUCCUGAGCAUUGAAGUGGUGAAAGUGCUUUUCUCGGGGUUACAAAUGUCCUGAUGGAGCUGAUUAGAGUCCUGAGAGCACUGCAUUAGACCUCAGUGCAGUCUGACACACUCUGAUGAGUGUGUGUGUGUGUGUGUGUGUGUGUGUGUGUGUGUGUGUGUGUGUGUGUGUGUGUGUGUGUGUGUGUGCGUGCGUGUUACAGGAUAAAAGGUGACGGUAUUGAUGAGGAGGGAGACUCCAUGAGUACCUGGGUCAGCUAUUCAGGAUCUAGAGGUUGUAACAUAAUCUCUGCACACACACACACACACACACACACACACACACACACACACACUGCUUAUACUAUCACAUAUUAAUGUCCCUCAUGAAUGUCCAGGCCCCACAGUCCAUUUACUACCCAUAAUCCACCUCCCUUACAGUAGACCACUUGCCCUUCACACUCAUCUACAGCAGCUCUCUGACACCCGAGCUCUCUGUCAGGUUAGCUUGCUGCUCGCCAGGGGGAUGAAGAGGUUUCAUUUGCACUAAAUCCAAUUCCACUUGACACAGACAGGAUGAGUUAUUCAGGGUCGCGGGAGGCCGAGGGUUUGAGUACACACUGUUGGCAAUGACCUCAGAGGUCGUUUAUCAGGAUCUCAAUGACCGCUGUGCAAGUGAGAGCUGCUCCCAACAAAAGCUCAUUGUCGGAGGGGAGCUGCUGUCAUGUCAUGGCGGUAUAUUUCUGACUCAGGAACUCCCCGGGGAGGACGUCGGUAAUGUAGCUGAGGCUGAGAAAACUAUCUUUAGCUGUGAAACUUUCUGAGAUAGCUUCCUGCUCAGAUCAAGUUUCAUCUCUUUGUUUGAUCCAAAGACUGAAUAUAAAGAUUGACUACAGAGCAGAUCCCUGAGAGUGUAGCCAAAAGAGUUAGAGGUACUCCUGCUGAUUGGCUGAAGUUAGGGACACAAAUGGCCCCCUUCCUAUUGACGGACAGGACACAGGUCAAUCUGAAGUCCUCUCAAUGCAAUCUCUCAUUGAAACACACAGAGAAACUGAUCCAUCUAUCAACACGGCCACUGUCACAGAUACACAGAAAACCUUCAAUAACGCAAGAUGGAUUUUUAUUUGUUCACCACCACUGUAUUUUUCUGCCAUAAACUACUGUAUUUUUUCAUAUUGCGUAGAUACUAUAGAGACAGUAUUUCAAUGUUUUCUUUUUUUCAGCAGAUCUUGCAGCCCUAUUCCCAGUUUGGUUGGAGAGCACAAAUGUUGGAUUGGAGGUUAAUGACUCACAGAAGUGAAAGUAAGAAACAGUGAGACAGGCCUGUCAAAGAAACCAUAAUCAGUCAUUUAUUGACAUUGAUAUCAAGAUUACCCAUGAAUUUACUCAAUUUAAAACCUUUUUUCAAAACUAAAAACUCAGAUAUUUUGAAAAAACAGUAAGUGGGAAAAAAAUUUAAAUGUUUAGCUCGCCCUUUUUUUUUUUUAAUAAAUCAUUUGUCUAUGUAACUGGAUAAUAUGAAAAGUCACAUGUAUGACUACGACAAUAAUAAUAAUGCAUCACAUUUCAUAAAGCACUUUAUCAGAGAUCCUCAAAGUGCUUUACAUUGGAUACAUCAUUCAUUCAUUCACACACCCUGGUGGUGGUAAACUACCUUAGUAGUCAAAGCUGCCCUGGGGCAGACUGACAAAAACAUGGCUGCCAUUUUGCGCCUAUGGCCUCUCCGACCACCACCACACAUCACCCACAUUCAAACACCAGUGGAGGACACACACACUGGGAACAGGGUGGGUUAAGUGUCUUGCCCAAGGACACAAUGGACAGACUCUGAAUAGGGGGAGAUUAAAGCACCAACCUUGUGGUUAUUGGACAACCGCUCUACCUCCUGAGCUACUGCCACCCCAUGACUCUCAGUGUUUGGCCUAACAGUGGUUAACUUGUUAGGAUUCUGUCCCUUGGCUUUUCAGACACACACACCUGGCCUCCUCCUACUCCUCUCCCUGCUCUUUUCUCUCCUCAUUCUGCUCCUCUCCUCUUAAAACAAUACAAGAUUCAACACAGUUCAGGCUUUGUGUUGUUGGACAGAGAAAGAUGCAAACCAUCACACACUCCUCUACCUACUGUAACAACUGUUGAUGUGUUAUUUUUUUACCUUUAUUACCUUUUCUCUGAAUUGAUGUUGGUCGAUGUUUGUCAAACAUUUACUAAAAUGAUUCCUGUCAGAUGACUUAAAGAAAAUAAUGUUGUUAAAUGUGUAAAAGAACUUCCCAUUCUUUAGUCAUCAACUGCACACACACACACACACACACACACACACACACACACACACACACACACACACACACACACACACACACACACAUCGUAUACCCCAAAGACACUAUGAGAUGAAAAUGAGACAUAAUCAGGGCAGGAGGGGAGAAGGCAGGAAAGGGUGGGGGAAAGUAGGCCAUAAGCAGCACAGAGGACACACACGCGCAUGCACAUGCACUCACACUCACACACAAAGUUGAAAUGGUGAGUUAUUAGUGUGUUUGUUAAUUAAUAUUUGUGUGUAUCUGCAGCUCUGGGGAUGAUCUCUGCCACUUCUGAGGCUGUGCUGCUGCUGCUGCUGCUGUGAUGAAUUAUUCACUCAUAAAAGUGUGUGUGUGUGUGUGUGUGUGUGUGUGUGUGUGUGUGUGUGUGUGUGUGUGUGUGUGUGUGUGUGUCCCUGUGGCCACCUCUGCCUGUCUCAGGGGUGUGAGUAGCCUCAGAUGUGUGUGUUUGAUUGAUGGUUCUGCCCGGUUGAAUGUAGGCUAACGGGACAACUGGCGCUGCACGGUCACAGAGAGGUGUAUUCUGGGAGUUUCUGGCUGAGUGGCUUAGACAGAGGAAACUCCUGCUGCUGUGCUCUGAGGAUCGGCCUGUUGAUUGUGAUUCAGAGAGCUUUCAGACUCGUUGGUGGAGGAAACUUCUCUGUGUUGAGGAGUUUGUUGCUUUUGUUUUGAAACAGAUUUUACAGUAAAGGUCCCUUAAACACUGAUAAGGUAAACAAAAGAGACUGUGGGGGUCUUAUGGCCUGGUGUGAGUGACAGUGUCUUGAGUGUUCCAUUUGAGUUCCACAGAGGAAGAUGAUAAUAAUCUGGAAGAGCUGCAGGCUUGCUUUAGUUUGUGCAUCAGUUUGUGGCUCUGCAGGUGAAUUGAGCUGAUUUGAGGAGUGAAGUUGGGCUUCCCUGAGGUUUGAUUAUAAGCUGAUUUUUAUUUGAUUUAAAUUAAUUUUACAUUUUCUUCUCCUUGUGUUACCAAUUUACUUUACUUUCAUAAGUUCAGUCCCCCUUUAAUCAAAACUCUCCAUGGCCAAAGCAGUAAAACAUGCAAAACUCUAACUCAAGGACCACCACCUCCACAGUCUUCACCUGGUGUCAUUCAUACAGUUCUUCUCAGUCGAUCACCAGCAAAACACACACAAACAAAACGACUUGCUGUUUGUUGGAAUAAGCCUACAGUUUGUUGUUGUUGUUGUUGUUCUCCUUGGAGACUUGGCCCUUCUGCUUAUUUGCAGACCUCAUCUUUGAAGGCCAUCUCUCCCUCCGUCUAAGUCCCACUCCGAUCCCGAUCACUUUUUUUUUUUUGUUUGUUUACUACUGAAGUGUUCUCAGUGGCCUUUAAACUGUGAUUAUAAGGUUUUUAGCCAAAAUCACAUUGCCUGUGUCAUUUUCAAGUGCUUUUCUUCUGCAGAGCUCCAGUAGCUCAUUAGCAAUUCACCUCUGAGUCAUGGGCGGAGACAGCGCUGCUCUGCACACUCCUCUUCAUGCUAGCUUGUAGCCUAACAUUGCUGGUGUAGUAGAAGUAGCAGGUGACAUAGGAGCUAUUCAGCUCUCAGACACCAAUGUCUUUAGGGGACAUGAUGAAAGUUAAUAUCAUAAUUAGCUUUUUUAUGAACAUUGCAAUCCGCUAACGCAUACGCUAGUACCGCAAUCGUCCUCUCUAUUUCUCAGUCUGGCCUGCAUAGCGGGGCUUCAUCUGACAGCCUCUCAUUGGGCACAGCCUCUGUCUUAGCUCUUCAUUUAGACUGUAUUUGUUUGUUAUUGUGGCAUCCUCACUAAAACAUGCUCAGACCUUCACAGGCUGUUGUAUUACUGUGUUAAAUCACAGAAACCUGCUACACUCAGUGAAAUUAAGCCCAGCUCCUCUCCCUCCUCCUCCUCCUCCUCCUCCUCUUCUUUUUCAGUGGUAAUUUUUUACACUUUGGGGAUUAUGGAUAUCAGUUAGCAGCCUGUCAGUGCAGCCGGCUGCAGAAACAUGCCAACCUCUCCUCACACAUAUUAAAGCUCAGCCCAGAUGAGCUGAUGAAACCAGCAGCAACGUCUUGUUUACCAAAGACCCUCAGCUGUCUCUGAAUGAUUCAGCCGACAUGGUGUGGAGAGGGGAGAAAACAUGAAAACAUGCAGGAAUCAAGUUUUUGUUAGAAAAGAGAGUAAGAAAAGAGGGAAAUAUGUUUGUGCAGUUUCUAAAGUGAUGGAAUAAACACUGAGAGUGGCAGAGCCACCUCUCCAGUCACCUGCUAACAGGCUGCCCAUUAAACAGAUGGAGUCUGUAACUACAGCAAAACCCUUUUAAAAACAGAAAACUUAUUUUUGUACAAAUGGAUUCAUGUCAAUGCCAGACAGCAGAUGUAACAGAUACAUGAUAAAUGAACAACCAUGGGUGCAACAGCAGCACAAAAAAGGCUCCACCAAUGCAGUCUGUGUUAUAAUCCGCAGAGUCCAUCUACUCAUGCACUCAGGUUUGUGAGUUUUCAGUGAAGACACUCAGAUAAGUUCACCUGAACAAUGGCUUUUUUCAGAUCCAGGUUCAGUAAUAGAAUGGUUACAAAUAAGGUACAUUAAAAAUAAAACACAGCGUGUGUUAAUGGUUUGUUUUGAUAUGAUUGCGCAGCAGUAUUCAUUUAAAGAGACAAUGGUUAGUGUCUAUAAACCUUCAUUUCUAUUGACCCAAUAAGGCAGUCACUGAAUAAAAAAGCAGCAACAUAAAAUUCAAUUUAAUUUGGACUCAGACACUUUCUCUCAUAGACUGUUUAUAAAAUGGACACCAAUCUGCCUCGUCGCUGGGUGAAGCCACCGCGAGAUCCGCACCGUCUGGUGACAGGCUGCAGUAUAGGUCAUAAAUCCCGCCUUCUCCAGCAAUCGCUAUGGAGCUGUGGACAAACUUUAGAAAUUAAUUACACAGAAUAUCAAUUUUUCUCCCCCCUGCUUGUGAUGUUGACAUGUAGUUAUUGUAAAACUGGUUUGUGCUCAAGUCCUCUUUUUUCUGUGAAGCUCUGUUUUUAAAAGUAACUAGGGGGUUCAUGUUUUCCAUGAUUGACACUUGAUACAGCCUAUGGGCGUACGAAGAUUGUGUAGCUCACCCGGGGGAUACGCCAUUUCAGCUGAGUGUCAUCACAGCGACUCUCAGUGACUCUUCCUCCGAAUGCGUACAACACUACACUACCGCGCAAGUGGUGGUUCCAGGAAGUGAAGAAAAUCCUGGAAAUACUGAGAGCAAUUCUGUUUCAAAUUUGUAUAAUGAUGGAAGGCGGAGCCAAGCUGUCCAAAGUAUAUACAGUCUAUGCUUUCUCUGCUUUGGACAUGUUUUCAUCAAAUAUCAAACUGGUGCAUGUCACAUUAAAGCUGCUGUGAGGAACCUUUGGUUUGGGUUGAUUGUGGCCCCAUAAGAAGAUAAAAAGGCUGUUUCUUCACCCUGCUGUCAAUCAUCUGGUUUGACUCCUCCCCCUUUCAGCUGUUUCAAGUAUUAAACAUAACAGCAGAAUUGAUCAGCCCUGUUGCUGAUUUUAUUUUUGGUUCAGAGGGUCAUAAGGGGGCAUUCUUAUCAGUUUCAGUCUGUUUCUCAACCAGAUCAAAACUCCUUCUAGUGGCCUUAUCAUUGACCCCCCAUCUCCAAAUUUUGGGUGCUGUGUUUGCCAUGAAACAAUCUGAAGAAUUAAUGACAAACUGUGAGAACUUGUGUUGGCCUUUGGAUGCAUUGAUUGUUUAGUUAAUGAAAGAAGCUGAUUUUUUUUUUCUGUGUUUUUGUGUGUAUCAGUGUGUGAUGGUGCUAAUAGGGAUCCUAAUAAAGAAAAGAAAAGAAACGACAGUCGCUAAUAAAAACAUUGCAUAUGAUAAGCACUGUGCAUAAAAAAAUACAGCUAAAUGUGAAACUGUCUGGAUAGAUUCUGCACAUAAUGACUAAAAAAGAGCAGAAAUCAUAUCAGACAGUCUGAUCCUGAUCCUGUAUGAGAUAAGGUGUUAAAGUUUCUGAAAAUCUGUGAGUCACCAGGACCACAAAUCACACAUCCUACCAGGACCUUUCAGCUCCACAGAACCAGGAAAUAAUCGGUGAUCAAUGUUGGAGUGCAGAUGAAUACAAGAGAGUCUAAAACCAGCAGGCUGAGAGGAAAGACUCAAAGAGUGAUUUUUACGAUUUAUUUAUCUCCUCGAUCUUUGUUUUUACUCUCAGUGCAGAAUACACUCCAGUGUGUAGAAAGAACAAUUUCUAACACACUGUAAAAAUCAAAAUCAAAACCCUGAGCAGUGAGCAGUGAGAAAGAGAAGAGUCUGAAGAGAUCCUGAGGGAGAGCGUGAGACAUGCCAAGAUGAUUGGCCCACGGGCCGUGGGGAAAAAAUCACUACAACACGACUUCGGCAAGCCCACAGCGCACAGCCUUGUCUAUUCAAAACCCAUGAAUCAGCAGAACACACACACACACAGAGAGCUAAGGGCUGAUGAGACAGACAGACUGCAUGCUCAGCUGUCUGUGUCAGGGCUUUACGUUCUGCAGCAGAGAGAUGAAACACAAAGGAUGGAGCUGCCGACAUGAACGUGGACAGCUGCUUCAUUUUCCCUGCUUUUUUUUUAUUUCCCUUACACAUAUUUACUCUAUUCUUUGCAGAUAUCCAACUGAAGUAUACUUGAUAAUAACUGGAACCCUCAUAAAUUCAUAUGUAACAGAGUCUCAGAGUUGAAAAGAGAGUGACUGCGGUGCACAAGUUUUCAUCCCAGAUUAAUCUCUUCUUUGAAUUCAAAGACAGUCUGAUAAUAAUAAUGUCAUGAUUUUUAGCUCAGUAACACCUGAGAUGUUGAACAAAGGCAGGUUCACUCAGGAGUUGAGUUUUCAGUUAUUGUCAAGCAGAAUUUGCAAGGUUUGAAAACUACUGAGGAAAAAAUCAGGAGAAUUACUCGCAUUUGUAACCACUGUUUCAACUGGAAAAAACUGCUGACUACAUAGUGUCCGACCUUUAGACAGCUGGAGCAUAACCAGACUCAAGCAGACCAUCAUUUGUCACUACAUUGGGUUUAGAGAGGGUCAGAUGAGAUGGAGAAAAAGAGAGAUGGACAGAGGAGAGACACAAGCACAUAGAUGAAGCAGCUGGACAGCAGACAGAUCCACAGCAGCAGGACGUCUGGAGCAGUGAUCCAGAGAAACCCACAGGAUGAUGGAGCUCAAGAACUCCCAGAAAAGACUGAGUAUUAGUGACUCCAGCGGGACAUGAUUCAGAGUUAAUGACACAGACAGAAAGGGGAUGGAGAAGGAGAGAAAAGUGCUCAAUGUCCGCCAGCACUCUAAACCUAUAGCAGCAUAACUAAGAGCUGGUCCAGGUCUGAAGCAGCUCAAACUGUAAGCUUCAUGAAAAAGGAACAUUUAAAGCCUAAAGUGUUGACUCUGAAAUAUCCAUGAGCGUUUACCCUCCAUAUGGCCAUGACAUUCACUAAAAUCCGAUAGAUUUCCUCCAGUAGAAGAGCUUGAGUCAGCAACUGACUAACAUGCUCUCCUCACUUUCUUCUUUCCUCUCUGCAGGGUGCCAGAGGAAGUGAUGUUGGCAGGAGAGGAGGAGCGGGAUGGUCAGGCAGCGGUGCCUGUGUACGUGUAUGAAUCAAAGGUCCACUGUGCCAAUGUGCUGCUGAGCCUGGAGGAGCAGCGGCGGCAGGGCAUCCUGUGCGAUGUGACCGUGCUGGUGGAGGGCAGGGAGGUGCGUGCUCACAGGGCUGUCCUCGCUGCAAGCAGCCGUUACUUUCUGCAGGCUCUGCUGGGACACAGCGGGUCAACAAGUGAAGCAGAACCCAUCAUUAACCUGCCAGACAAGGUAAUGGGAACACAGAACACACUGGGGAAUGACUACUUUAGAAAUAGAUCUGGGACGAAACUUUAAACUAUGAUGUAAGUCCAAAUAUAAGUCUCUGGCCUGCAUUAACACCUGAUCAUGAUACAAUACAACAAACACAUGGCUGUACAUUAACAUGUAAGCUGUGGAGACUACAAGAAACUUGGUCUCAGAGUCAGCCCAAUAGACAACCACUGAGAGAGCCUGACUGAGGUGGACUAUUGUUUGGAUGAGAAUCAAGUAAAGUGUCCAAAUGAGAAACAGCUCCAACUAGUUAGAACCAUCCACAUUAUUCAUGUAUCUGCUGAAUGGUUAUCGAGGCCUUUCACUGAGAUUUACUUGCUUUGCAAACAGUGAUGAGGGGGAUUCAGCACAAAUGUUGAAUAGAAGAGGAAACAGCCACCUUACUGUAAAAUCUACUCACUUUGUGGGACCAGCUCCACUCUCCACUGAUUAACUUUGUGUUUCUGUUACAGGAGCUUUCUUCCAUCACUGUGAAGCUCUGAGUGUUUUCAGGGAGUGUUCAGUUCUAAUCAGUUAAAAACAAAAGUCAUCUGUGAUAACUUGUGUUUAAAGUUUAUGCAUCAUCUCCACAUUGCACACCUGUUCCUCACAAAGUUCAAACAAAAGGUGAGUGUGUCCUCUGAUUGGAGGAGAGAUGUUAGAUCUGAUUUGGGCAGCCGUGGCUCAUUGGUGGAGUUGAUCAUUUCCCUGGGUUCGAUCCCAGGUCCCACUGUGAAUGGGGUUGGUUAAAGCUUGUAUGGGUUCCACACAUAGCAGCCUCUGCCAUCAGUGUGUGAAAGUGACAUGUGAUGUAAACAUUGACAGACGACUACAGAAAGAGCUACAUAAGCACACACAGUCCAUUUAUCAUCCUCAAUGAUAGCAUCUCACACCAAUGCUAUGCAGACAAUACUCAGCUCUUCGUGUUACUCUCAUUAUAGACAUAGGGCUGCACGAUUAAUUGAUUUUAAAUCAUAAUGGUUUAUUUGAUUAUGACGAUGUUGAAAAAAUUAAAAUCCUCAAAUCGAUUUUCCUCUCUAUCAUGUUUUGCACCUCCAGGCCACCAUGGGCUCCCCCUUCCUGCGGGAGUGCUCCCCAGUUCCCACACACACCAAACAAGUCAGUCCUGUGGCUUUGGUACAGCUUCGCAGCAUGAGAUGAAGCGCAAACCACUGCCUGCUGUAAAGUCUGUCUGAAGCAGUGGCGACUGCUGGUCUUUCAAGGAGGGGAAGCUCAUUUUUCUGGCCUACAUCAUAAUUGUGUUUGUUUAUUAGUAUGUUACAGAACAGGGUCACCAAACACAACGGCAGUCGUUUUUAACAAAGACAAAAGUCGCUGAGGAUCGGUAAAGUCUCCGGAGCAGUUAAGAACAACGGAAUGAAUAACUUGGAAAAUGCUCUGGUAGAUGUUUUAUUCUUAAAGAUCGCUGAUUCGCUUGUUUAGCUGUCAAUCAAAAAAGGAUUUCGCCUAAGACAGCUCAUCCAAUCAUGGAUGCAGAAGCUCAGCGUCCGCCAGAAAGUUGGGACUGCCCUCUCGUCAUAGAACUCCGGAGACGCUGAGUGUCCGAUGGGCGGGACAAAGCCCAGCAUUUAUCCAAUGAGCGUCUAGUUUCGCUGCUGGAACAACCCACUUUGAGCUUCCACAUUGAAGUCAGCAGACGCUGAUCGUCCGGUUGUGUGAAGCGCUGAGGCGCUGCGAGGAUGAAUGAGAACGAAGUUAUGCCGGUUACCUGGGAUUAUCAGCUUCUUAUCACAGUGUGAUAAGAAGCUGAUUCUGAACAAAAGAUGAAGGCUUUCUAGCGCGUAUUUAGUUAAUGAAAUGUACACACAGCAGUACGUAUUUCACCACUUUUUCUUUUUUUGGGGGGGUGACAUUUUAAGGGAAGCUGAGCUUCUCUUGCAGUCUUAAGGUCCUUACACACCAGUGAAUUUGCGGAGCGAAGCGAAAAAGCGAGACGAAAAUGCGAAAAUAUUCGCCGGUCCGAAAAAUCGCUUUCGCCUAUGCACACCGGGCGCGAAGCGAAUAUACGUAUAAAUUUCGCAAAGCGAAUUAAUAAAGUCGCUUUGUGGCACGGAGGAGAGGAGAUGCGGGGUGGUCCUGUACCGCAUUUACCAGCCUCUCUCCAUCGUUGCUCUUGGUGCCAGUGGCGGUGUGUGUCGUGUGAACGGCAUUAUGAGCGAGGGAGAAAGAGGAGGAAAAGCUGUGAGAGACGCCGCAGCAGCCAGGAGAGGUGAGGGCUGAGCAGUGAUCCUUCAAGUUUUCUGGUCAUUCUGUUGGCCCUUUAGCUGCAGAUCAUCGGUAUGUCAAACAGCUAAGAGGGAGAAUCAGGCAUGAUGAGGCGGUCACCCUGUGAAGUGUGCAUGACAUCUGUCUCCUAAGGAAGACAAGAGAGUGUCAUCUUGUGAGAAAACUACUUCAUUAGUAAUUAGAAAGAGUUUUGGAUGCACCUCAGCUGCCUUUCUCUGCCUUUUCAUAAUCUCAAACUUCUCCCUCUCCUCCAGCCGUAUGGGUCUGUGACAUUAUCAACAACAUGACUUUUGAUUGGCCAGAGGUCUAGCAGGUCCAGAUAUUCACCUCCGAAUAUCCUAAAAAUUCGACACAAGAGCGAAAAAAUAAGAGACGCUUUUCGCCCCGCGGAAAAAUCGCCGCUGGUGUGGAAGCCUGCAUUGACUUUAUGCUGUUUUAAAAAAAGGCAAAUAAUUCGCUUGGCGAAUUCUCGCCUGGUGUGUAAGGACCUUUAGAGCAAUCGCCACUGGUCUGAAGGUGGUAUCAACCCACCCACACGAAAACAAAUUCAGGAGUAGACGCACCUACUGGCUUGGCAUAAGCACUACGUUGUCUUUUCAGUGGUUUCAUUCUGAGAGAUGAUGGAAAAACUUUUUAUUUUGAAAGUGAGGUUUGGGGAAGUAAUCACUGAAUAAAAAAUUUGAAUCAAAAAUCGAGUUUUCAGAGAAAAAAAUCGGCAUUUUAUUUUUAGCCCAAAUUGUGCAGCCCUAAUUAGACAACACAUCUGUCUCAGCUGGUCUCCAUGCCUAAAUGCAGAUAUCCCUAAACAGGCAAAAGUAAGUUACCUCCAAUUAGACUGGGCCCAGUUUCACCUCAGCCAGACCUUUUAUACAAUCCAAAAUUCCACUCAAGCAUGGACCAACAAAAGCCUGCUCAAAACCUGCAGCUCCUGGUACAGGCUCUUCUGUAACACAGGCUACAUUCCAGAGUGCCAUUUAACCCCUUGGCAGUCAGUGAUAUUGAUAGUACAGAAUUAAUCAUGAUGGUGUCCAUGACGUUUUUGAUGUUGUUGAUGAAAAAAAUCAUUCAGUUCGAUUCCUCUCCUUCUGCAGCUAGUGAGUCUAUGUCACAAACACUACCAACACUCUGGAUGAGAGCACCCGCUGCUUAAAUUUGUAAACCGGCUGGGUCCUGUUCUUGCAGGGUCACUAACUCUCACCUUCAGUUUACAGGGCUGAUAAAAAUACCUGAUCUGAGAAGGACAGAAGGAUAACCUGUGGACAGUCGGCUGAAAAAGAGCAGAAGACAUAAAAUGUCCUACAGUUCACUUGUUUAGUCUGAAAAAAAAAACCUCAGGGAAAAAAAUGACAACCCUAGCUUGCCCUUUGUGAGAUAGAUAAGGAUAAAGAGGGAGAUGUAAACCACAGAGCUGACAAAAAUGGAUCUGUUUGUGGAAACUGGAGGGGUAUGAAUAUUUAUGUGGUUACCUGGUUGUUUGUUGCUGCUUCCUUUCACCCUCGGAGCCGAUCAGAGAGCAGCUCCUGAUCCCAACAGCUGACAUUACCAUACAACGUCCCAGAUGUGUCAUAUUGAUUCAUGUGUCUGUGUGGCACCAUAUCAUACAGUAAUCACUCCUACAGGCCUCAGCACGCUGGACUCCUUCACCUAAUGACUGUGAGCUUUAUUUCUGCCAUCCUUCCUCCUGUCUCUUCUAUCACUGAUGUCUAAGGAGCUCAGGGCUCUUCAAAAGCUGGGCAGUUAACAGACACCACUGUUACACUGUCACUCUUAGGACCCAAGACAUUAUCAUCAUUGAUCCAUGACAUGUGCACAUUUAUAAAAUGAGGUAAACCUGGUCAAAACAUCAAGUGGAGUAAAGAGGUCACACCUGCAAACAGAAACACAUCAGAGAGCUGAAAAUAAGAGGUCAGUCAGGAUCUUGCUUGUGGUCCUUCUGGCCCCUCUUCUGUCUCCACAAAGACAUGUUUCUGCACAGGAGGCUGCAGCUGCUGACGCUGCUGAAAAUCAGCUUACAUGCAUGCACACAUACAGUUUCAUGUACACACACUAUAUAAGGCUGUGUAAACACAUUCAGACACACACAGGCAAACAGACACACUUGGUAGCCAUGUUGCCAGGAGAAAGAAAGAGGAAGCAGAAAGAAAGAAGGAAGGAGUGAAACGAAGGAGUGGAGAAAAGCUGAGUAAUUCAUCAGUGGAGAAAUAACUGAGUGUGAUCAAAAAGGAUUUUUAGUCUGGGUAAAUUCAAUCAGUUUGUAUCACUGACUGAUCUUCCCACCGUGUGGAAGGAAAUAAACCUCUGGAGUAGGUGAAGGAAGCUGCGGAAGUGCAAAAGAGUGUAUCUUCUUGAGUGUCCACUCAAGUAAGUCUCUCAAACUGAAACUGCGGCUUGAACAAAGAGGUUUAUUUUUCUGCAAAAGACAUGGUAGCACUACCUGACACACAUCUGCACACAGGGUUAGUUCUUUGCGAAUGUUUUGGGUCGGUUGGUAGAUUCUGGUUUUCUGGACUUUUCUACUUUCCUGUCUUUACAAUGUCCCAUGUUACUAAAAGAAAAUGCAAAAUAAUCUCUGACAAAAGAGUAACACAACCUCCUCAGCCAAACACAUUAGUGUUGUACAUCAAAUGUGCAGAACUUAAUGUAGUGUAAUAAAAAGGUUCUGGAUACUUUUGGUUAAAGGUGGGGUAGGCUGGAUCUGAGGAAGUGCCAGUUUUUGGGAGAAAUCUUGAAUGUCAGCACUACCCCUCCCAUCUUCGACCCCAUCUUUAAAAAGCACCUCAUGUCAAAUAACCUGUACCCCAGUCCACCCUGGAGAGCUGAUGCCCCACAGUCUUGAUAGUAAACUGUUGACUUCUCCUAAACUGACCGAAGCUUCUUCUCUUCUGUCCUCUGCAGGUGACGGCCAAAGGCUUCGCUCCUCUUCUCCAGUUUGCCUACACUGCCAAACUUGUUUUAAGUCGGGAAAACAUCCAUGAGGUCAUCCUGUGCGCGGAGUUCCUGGGUGUCCACAACUUGGAGGACUCCUGUUUCCGCUUCCUCCAAGCCCAGCUACAGGAUGACCAUGCCAGUAAUGGAAAAGUGGCAUAUGGCGACGACAACACCGCAGAGGAUGUUGUUUGCUCUGAGGCGACAUCCCAGGAUGAGUCAUCAGAGACAAGGCAGCAGACCAAUCAUGUAGCUUCCCUUCCCGCUGACCUUUCUCAGUGUCCGAAAUACAGGAAGUAUCAGUACCAGACCUGUGAGAAUAAGCACAACAGAGAAAAGCAUGAUGAUGAAGUAAUUUUGGUCAAUCAUACCUCAGUCAGCCCUGUGAGCUCCCAGCUCACCAACAGCAAUGCUGCCACCGCUUCACAAACUCUCCUGUCCCCAUCACAUAUCAAAGAGGAGCCAUUUGUGUUUGAGGAGGAAAAAGAGAGGAGCGGCUGCAACCCUGAGAUGUGCACUGAGGAGGUGCUGGAGAUGGAGUUGGAGGUGGAGGGAGUUCCAGUAGCACCUGAGCACUCUCCGGGCAGAGGGUCACCCUCCUCCUGCCUGCGCUCAUACCUCCAAAGAGGUGGGCUGGACCUGAGCUGUGUGCCAAGCAGCACCAUCCAGCAGCUGCUAAGCAACAGACUGUCCCUCAACCACUACAGGGAGCUGGUCAAAGACAAGCAAAGGGACAAGACGGAGGCAGACCUCAAGCUUGGUGUCAUGGAUGUGAAGAGGAUGGAGAGGCCAGUCUCUAAAGCCUCCUCUUCCAAGUAUGAAGGUGAACUCGACCGACGCAGCGUCAUUUUCUCCUCAGCCGCUGGCGAGCAACAGAUGUUGACCCAUUCUUACAUGGAGGAGAAGUUCAGAGAAAAAGUCUCUACCCUCACGCAGGCAGAAGCACCCUCUUCAGGUCGGUCGUGUCUCAGCACCAGCUGCCCCGUCCCCAUCAAGACAUUGGCCCAGUCCCCUUCUCCUUCGGAGCCCCGAACUCAGACUUCCAGCUCUCGUUCCUCGUUUUCAUACCCAGAGGAUGCAGGCAGCGGUAGCUCCCCCUCCAGCCUCCCCCAGUUUGACUUCUCCUCUUCUCCAAACUCAGGCUCCACCUCUGGACUGUCUCACUGCCUGUCGGGGGUGGUGGAUCAGAGGACCCCCCAUAGCGGAGAGCUGCUCUUCCCCCAGGGCUGCAGCAAGAUAAAGAGUGAGCGGGGAUUUGGCACUAGUGGGGGGAACUCCAGCGAUGAAUCAGAGUCUUUCUCAGAGGGAGACAGUGAAAGUGGGAACUCCAGAGUCUCUGGUCCUGAGGUGAGUGUAAGAUGUGUACAUACACUUUACAACCAAAGUCUAUUUUAUCAGAUAGAUCCAUAUGGACCCUGAUUCUGUUUUCCAGCUCACAUUUCCCCUUCAGUUUUGGUUUACUUGUUUUUUCACACAAAAAGAAUCUAUAAAAGAAUAUGAAUAGCUCUUAUACUGUAUAUAAAACCAAAGCCCAAAGACACAGAUUUUACAGAACUGAAAAACAGGAUUUUUAUUCAACUGGAAAUUUGAAAACAACAAAGGUUUUUCUGCAACAAAACAGUGACCAUUAGUGAUCUGAAGGAGCUGCACCAAUCACUGAUCAAUACUCCUUGAUACCAAGCUGUGGCCCCUCAUGGGUUAGCCUGGAUCAGAGCCCUUGAUUGGCUCAACUCUGGUACAUAAAAGCCUGUUAUUUACAGUAAAGAAGGGUGAUGUAUUUAUGGUAACACAGUAGGGUGGAGUGUGACGGUUUGUCAUCAAGUUUAUGAAUGAAUAUGAAAUGAAGUGUGAAGGCAGAGGGAUUUCUACCAACAGAGCAAAUGUGUGAAGUGAUAAUCCAAAACAAAAAUAAUCAAGUAUUUAGCCUUGUGUUUAGGUUGGAGGUAUUCAUCUUAGUAGCCACAGAGAGACGACUGUAUAGUUUAGUGGUGACGGAUGUGUCUGAGAGACUGGUCAGGACUCAGCUGCUGAAAGCAGAAUGGUUUUCUUGACCACCUGUGGUUGGCAGAAAGGGCAAACAGAGGGUGAUGCAACCACAUGCAACUGUCUUUAUGUCUUAUUUAUCCCUGCAAAGACCAUUUCCUCACGAAGGAUCUGAAUUCCACUAAUUUGAGUUCAUUUUACAGUUAUUUAAGGUUUUACAGCUCGUCUGUUAGCUUAAGGAACUCCUGAGGACCACAGAAUAAACAGCCAUGAAAAAUCUGCUUUUAUGGCAGCACAGUAAAACCUCUUAAAUCUGAUUAUAUAUCUUUGUGUCCAUUAAGAGUCAAUUUUCACCUUUUGAUAUAGCCUCUAUAUAUGGCAGAUUUUAAAAUCCAACAUGAAAAAACACCCUCAUCCAGCCUCCUGUAGGCCAAAGUUGAACAGCUCAUAUCUCUGUGAAGUUGCAUGUAUCAUUGAUUUUUUUCCCCAGUGUCUAUGAGGUCUGUUAUUUACGGCGGGGAACUAUUCUUGGAAAUUCUUUUCCUCUACCGAGAAAUGACGCAAACACUUACAACACAUACUCCCUGGAUUUAAAGGAGCUGUAUGGUUGCUGUGGCGACGUCUCAGCACAUGCAACAUCUGAUGGGAUGUGAGAUGAGUUUCACACGGCUGCUCUCCCUGUAACACACACACACACACACACACACACACACACACACACACACACACACACACACACACACACUCUGUGGAUAAGGUUUAUUAGAUUGGAGAGGUGGUGGCCUCUGGUCAGGGGAUGAGUCAGUACAGAUGUUGAUCUGUUUGAAGCUGCUCGAAGUAAACACACAGGGACUGGCUUUAUUGCAGGGUCUCCCCUGUUUCCCACCUUACAAUCAUUCAUGUGCGUCAGUGCUCUGAAUAUGUUCUUACAAAUAUCCCCUCUCCUGUAAAUGUCCCUUGAACUUUUCUGUUUUCUGUGCUCAGCAGAGAACCUCGAUUUACAGAUCUGAAGUGAAAACAAAGAAUCUGUACUUGCAAGACCAAAACAUUGUGGUUUGUGUUUGUACUUAGAGCAGGACAAACCAAUCAGGUGUCAGCAGUUUGUAUGGAGAGCAAAAGCAGGCAGAACAUCCACCAUAAUGACAUCAAGACUCCGUCAGCAGUACACUCACAUAUGCUACUGUUGACAACGCCCCCCUUAAAGAUGGAAUAAUUAGACACGUUGACCAAGGUGAAGUGGUCUGACAACACCAGGUCAGCUCUCUGUGCCAAAAAUAAGAACUGCUGUUGCUCGUAAUGAGUCAGAAUUAAUCUAUUGUGAGAAUAACAUAAAUUACAAGUCAAAUUCUGAAAAUGAGACAUUUUCAUAUUGUUGGAUAUUUGACUUAUUCUGUUGGCAGAUUAAUUUAGUCAUUACAAGUUAUUUAGAUCUUAUCUUUGGUGUGUCAUACCUUGUAGCUCCUUGGUACAUCCUCUGUCCAGCUGCCCUCCUCAUCACAAAAGAUUUACUCAAACUGAAUACAAACACAAAGUUUGUGGUUAUACGUUGUGUGUUCUGUUAUCGUGCUCAAGUUUGUUGAAUUUAACACAUGUACAAACCUGAAUAUCACUCAUUGACAUGUUUCUGUUUGUGUUUAGAUAGUGUCCCACUUUUUUGCUCUGACCCAGUUGUAAAACCCUUACAGUGAACAGACACAGACUCACACACACACACACACACACACACACACACACACUUCAGGAUGCCCUGUAGGCAGGUGGAAGGUGUCCUGUCCGUGUCCCCUCCACCAUCUGCUGCUCCUGAUCCCAGAUCUGCCCUCUUAAAUUAGGCCAGCCCACGAAGAAACACACACACACACACACACACACACACACACACACACACACACACACACACACACACACACACACACACACACACACACACACACACACACUAUAAACUCCUUUUCUUUUCUUUCCUCAUUUAUUGGAAACAAUCUUGAUUACCCAGGGGGACAGAUUUCAAAGGGUUUAAAAGCAGACAGUGUGAAAUGUGGUCAUUAUUUAAAGAUAAAUAUUUCAUAUUUACCUUAAAUAUUGAUUGAGUUCUACAGUGUUUCUAUGAAAGCAUUUAUAAAAGAAAACACCUACAAGUGACAGAGCGUUUCAAAGGAGCCUCAGCAUAUAAACAUGAAAACAAGAACAUAAAAGAGAAAAAAAAGAAAGAAAAAGAGAUAAAGAGGGAAGGGUGAGAGGAUUUAUGACCAAGCGAGGCUCACUUUGUCAUUACAACCUUAUUAUGUGACUGCUGAGAGUCACAGGGCUAUAUAUAGAUGUCUAUAGAGUAAAAGACAGGCGGCACCUACACACACACACACACACACACACACACACACACACACACAGGCUCGCCUCUCAUUUCCUUUUGCUCUGAGCAGUGAAUGAUGUCAUGGUGGUAUACUGGCAGAGCUAAGCUGAACACUCUUGGUACGAGGAGAACAGACUGAUGAACACUCCUGUAAUCACACAAACAUGGCCGAAACUUACACUGAUGUUUGAGACAGACAGGGAGAACACACUCAGACUCAGAAUUAAACACACCAAAUGUGAAAAUAUGUUUCUUCACAUGUUAAAAACAUGUGUACAGGGAGAGAGAGAGACAAUAAAAUGCACUAUUAUACACAAAUAUACGUAAAUGAGUGAUGACACAAUAUGAUUUGAUACUAUACAGUGUGAUACCAGUGCAUCCGGAAAGUAUUCAUACCACUUCACUUUUUCCACAUUUUGUUAUGUUACAGCCUUAUUCCAAAAUGGAUUAAAUUCCCUUUUUCCCUCAAAAAUUCUACACAAAAUAUCCCAUAAUGACAAAGCGAAAAACUUUUUUUAGAACAUUCAGCAAAUUUAUUAAAAAUAAGAACACUCAAAUGUUGCAUAUACAUAAGUAUUCACACCCUUUACUCAAUACUUGGUCGAAGCACCUUUGGCAGCGAUUACAGCCUCCAGUCUUCUUGUGUAUGAUGCAACAAGCUUGGCACACCUGGAUUUGGGGAGUUUUUCCCAUUCUUCCUUGCAUAUCCUCUCAAGCUCAGUGAGGUUGGAUGGGCAGCGUCGGUGCACAGCUACUUUCAGGUCUUUCCAAAGAUGUUCAAUCGGGUUCAAGUCUGGGCUCUGGCUGGGCCACUCAAGGACAUUCAGAGACUUGUCCUGAAGCCACUCCUUUGUCUUCUUGGCCGUGUGCUUAGGGUCAUUGUCAUGUUGGAAGAUGAAGCGUUGCCCCAGUCGAAGGUCUCAAGCGCUCUGGAGCAGGUUUUCAUCAAGGAUUUCGAUGUACCUAGCUGCAUUCAUUUUUCCCUCGAUCCUGACAGGUCUCCCAGUUCCUGCCACUGAAAAACAGCCCCACAGCAUGAUGCUGCCACCACCAUGCUUCACUGCAGGGAUGGUAUUGGCGAGGUGGUGAGUGGUGCCUGGUUUCCUCCAGACAUGACGCUUGGCAUUCAGGCCAAACAGUUCGAUCUUCGUUUCAUCAGACCAGAGACCUUGUUUCUCCUGGUUGGUGAGUCCUUCAGGUGCCUUCUUGCAAAGUCCCAGCAGGCUGUCAUGGGCUUUUUACUGAGGAGUGGCUUCUGUCUGGCCACUCUACCAUAAAUGCCUGACUGGUGGAGUGCUGCAGAGAUGUUGGUCCUUCUGUUGGGUUCUCCCAUCUCCUCAGAGGAACGCUGGAGCUCUGUCAGAGUGACCAUCGGGUUCUUGGUCACCUCCCUGACCAAGGCCCUUCUCCCCCGCUUGCUCAUUUUGGCUGGGCGGCCAGCUCUAGGAAGAAUUCUGGUGGUUCCAAACGUCUUCCAUUUCUUAAUGAUGGAGACCACUGUGCUUUUUGGGAUCUUCAAUGCAGCAGAUAUUUUUCUGUAACCUUCCCCAGAUCUGUGCGCCGAUUCAACCCUGUUUCGGAGGUCUACAGACAAUUCUUUCGACUUCAUGACUUGGUUUGUGCUCUCACGUGCUCAUGUCCAAUCAGCUGAAUUUGCCACAGGUGGACUGAAAUCAAGUUGGAGGAACAGUUCAAGGCUGAUCAGUGGAAACAGGAUGCACCUGAGCUCAAUUUUGAGUUUUAUUGCAAAGGGUGUGAAUACUUAUGUAUAUGCAGCAUUUGAGUGUCUUAUUUUUCAUAAAUUUGCAAAAUGUUCUAAAAAAAUUUUUUCACUUUGUCAUUAUGGGGUAUUUUGUGAAGAACUUUUGAGGGAAAAAAGGUAUUUAAUCCAUUUUGGAAUAAGGCUGUAACAUAACAAAAUGGAAAAAGUGAAGUGGCAUGAAUUCUUUCCGGAUGCACCGUAUACUACAAUACCAAAGCAUAUAGAAAAAGAAGUAACAUCAUAUUAUGGAAACCACAUAAUUAAAAGUGAUAACAUACAAAUGAUCAUAAGUACCAGAUAUGAGAAGUGACAACACAGUACUUUGCCAUACAACAUACAGUAUAUAACAACACAAUACUACUCUGUUUAAGACUGUAUGAUAUGAUACAACAGGAAAUGUUACAGUUGUAUCACAUGUGUAUCAGUGUUGAACAGAAAUAGUCUAAAAAAAAAACAUUACAUUACCUUCUAAUGGGAUGAGAUACAACAGUAUACUAUGUGUUCCUGUGUGAUAUGAUACAAUUGGAAAUGAUAUGAUAUUAUGUAUUAUGUUACAAUACCAUGACACACCGUAUGACAGGAUACAAUAUGAUAGCAAACAAAGUACAGUUCAAUACUAUACAAUACCAUACAAUCAAGCUAAUACUGCAAAUAAGAUGUAAUGCAAUAAUAAACUAUCUGAUGCAAAAUGAUAAAUAACAAAACAAUAAAAUAUGAUACAAUACCAUCAAAACAAUUCGAUACAAAACAAGACCAUACAACAGAAUACGAUACAACACGACACAACAUGACACAAUAUGAUAUUAUACGACACAAUUAAUAUGAUAGAAAACUACUGUAUGAUAACAUAGAAACUAUAGGAUACAAAACAAUACAACAAUACCACAGAGACUAUAUAAUGUAAUAAUACUAAACACUAGGAUUUAAUAUGAAACAAUCUCUCAUACUGUACCAUAAUAUUUGACACAAUGUGAAUUUAUAGGAUACAAAUUACACUUGAUAAUUCAAUAUGAUAUGAUACAAUAUAAUUCAAGAUGAUAUGAUAUGAUAGACAUAACGUGAAAGAUGUCAGAUGAUACAAAUUUUUCUAGUGCAGUAAGGUAACAUAUGAUGCUUUACAACUGAAUAUGAUGAUGAUACAUUACAGUAUAAUGCAGUGUAAUAUAUGAUAAAAGAGCAUACAUAUCAGAAAAAUAUAGAAUAGUACUAUAUGAUAUAAGAUAACCAGAUAUACCACAACACACCAUACAACAACAACAACAACAACAAUAAUAAUAAUAAUAAUAAUAAUAAUAAAAUAAACAUUAAUUAACAACCCACAUGUAAAAGCACAUACAACCUUUAUUUCUCAAGAACCCUUAUCCCAUACAAAAAUAAUUCAGUGUUACACAAAGGGACACUGUAAAGCUUUUACACCACAAUAGCUGAAAUCAAAUGUUAAGAAAUCCAUUCAUAUUAGCUAUUACAGGCACAAUAAUUCAGCAACCAACUCAGGAUGAACAAUUUGCCUCAUUUGGAAUUAGAUAAACGCCAGUGUGUAAAACAAAGAGCUCAUCCUGUUUUGUCUUUGUGUUCAUGCCACCUGAUUCAAUAAGCAGCUGAACAUUGACCUCUAGUGGAUAAAACACUCCAGUGCUCUCUGACAAGGAAUUAAACUUGUGAUUAAAAUUUCUCAUGUAACUCAGUGUGUGUUAAGAAAGUUUUUACCAUAAUAAUUGAUUUAAAAAAGUUUGAUUCAAUUCAAAAUUCAAAUUCAAUUUUAUUUAUAUGGCACUUUUCAUACAAAAAAAUGCCUCACAGAGGCCAAAAACGACAAUAAUGACAAUAAAACCCAACCCUCCCAUCCACACACACACCUAUGAACCCACACGCACACAAAGACACACACCCACCGUCACUCACCCACACAUACAUAGACACAACCGCACACAGUUUGAGAAUUUAAGAUAUAUUGCUAGAGAUACAUGGCCUGACACCGAGACAUUACACAAGGAAAGAGCCACCUCCAGGAAACACUGGAGAUAAAAAUAGAGAUAAAAAUGGUGAAAAGAGUAAAAUCUGAUGGACUAAAACAAGAAAAUAAUAUUAUAUGAACAGUUAAGCAAAAAGUAAGAGCUCUUUACCAUAUAAAAAGGGGGUAAACAAAGUAAAAACCUGUGACGGGAAUUAAGAAAAAGACUAAGAACAGAGAUAAUUAAUGGAAUGACAUUUAGUUCUUAAUAAAAAUUAAGAACUUUAAAUAAACAUUUUUGCAAUAAGAGAAAAACAUAAAAUGGCAAUUAGUAAAAGGCCUGGUUUAAAAAGUGAGUCUUGAGCCUCUUCCUCAAAACAUCAACAGUCUCUGCGGCCCUGAGGCUCUCCGGCAGGCUGUUCCACAACCGGGGACCAUAAAAACUGAAAGCCGCCUCCCCGUGUGUUUUUGUUUAAGAGAAUGUUCCAAAAGUAGAAACACUUCUGUGUAUAAACUUGCUGACAGAGCAGAGGCAUCAGCAAAGAAACUAUAACAUAAUUAUUAUUAUUAUAAUCAUAAUAAUUAAUAUUAUUAUUAUGAGGGGUUCUCACUGUGCAACAGACUGACUCCUGUCUCAGCUGUAUAGUUGUAUCUAUUAUACUGCUAAAUAAUAUUCUGAUGUGUUCAUGCAUGGACAGCGUGGUGUUAUCAAAAUAAAAAAAUCAAUCAAUUCAAUCACUGGACCUUUGGAUCAACACUGUAAAAGUCUGGUCUUGGUUAACAAACACUUUCAUACUUUCAGGUAAAACUGCCCUUCCCGGUGGACCAGAUCACCAACCUGCCACGCAACGACUUCCAGAUCCUCAUAAAGAUGCACAAGCUGACCUCAGAGCAGCUGGAAUUUAUCCACGACAUUCGCCGCCGCAGCAAAAACCGCAUUGCUGCACAGCGCUGUCGCAAGAGAAAGCUGGACUGCAUCCAGAACCUGGAGUGUGAGAUACGCAAACUGGUACGGACGUAAAAAAAAAACACUUGCACCACAUACACUUCAGCAAGAUUCUGGUUACAGAGAGCAGGAACAGAUGAAAUAUUAAAAUAAUGAGUGUUAAGGUUCAGGUUUCCAAAGGUAAACACGAUAAGUCUGAGAACAAACAAAGGAAAUAAAGGUGCGAGUCGGGAAUGUUUGGAUGCAAAAUCAGGUUUAGUGAAAAGCUUGUGUCAGAUGCAGAGGCAGUAAAGUUCUGCAGACUUUAUGAGAAAACCUGAAAUUAAAAUUCACAGAUGAGUAAUGAAAGGGCAUCACAAUAAAAGUUGUUAAAAAAUGCUUAAAAAAGGUUGGGGAACCAAUGGAGCUGUGUGACAGAAAUAAGUGAGACUAGUUUUAAAACAGGAUGGUCAGAUUUUAGCUUAUCAGUGUCAGCUUUGUUCUCACCAAAGAUUGACUGCUUUAAGAUGUAAAAAUAUGAUUAAAAAUGUGACAACCGACCCCGAUCUCCCCUACUCCAGGGGUAGUAACUCCUUUUCUUUGAUUGAUUUUGGUGUGAGGUGUGUGGUUAGUGACUUUGAAUAAAUAACCAUUGUCAGGAGGGUUUCAUCCACCCAAAGGCUAGAAAGCUUCAAAUAAUCAUAAAGGAAAAUAUUUAAAAAUGUUAAAAAGAUAUAGAAAUAUAAAAUAUGUUUGUAUAGAAACAUAUUAAACAUAACAUAUAUAUAUAUAUAUAUAUAUAGUGAGAGAGAGAGAGAGACAUACUUUUUGAGACAUGACAAGUGAGACUAAAGACAAUUGAAUUUCCCCUUGGGGACAAAAUAAAGUUAUUCUUAUUCUUAUUUUAAAGUUUCAGAUCAGUUUCUAGUGUUUUCUCAGCUCCUCUGUCUUUGUCUCUCAGGUCCAUGAAAAGGAGAAGCUGCUGAGUGAGCGUAACCAGCUGAAGGUUUGUAUGUCUGAGCUGUGGCAGAACCUCUCCUUUCUCUCUCAACAAGUCUGUCGGGAGGUUCAGGGCACUCAGCCGCCUCCCGUCUCCGCCAGCAUCGACCUCACAUCCAACCCAUCAUCACCUUCUUCUGACCCCAGCUCGUCUCAGCCCAGGUCUCCUGUGUCCCAACAAAGCCACGCCACUCACCCGUCUGAUGUGGGUCCUGGUCAGGAGGACAGACAGCUUGCAGUGGAGGACCCGGAGUGUCCACUGGUGCUUGGAUCCACUGAGGAAGUAUGUAGCCCCACCGUCACGGUGGAUUUCUGUCAGGAAAUGACUGAAAAAUGCACAACAGAGGAGCAGAACUGUACUUAAAGAUGGUGUGGUGCGUCACAUGCUGACGCUUGUCUAUACCUGAAAUAUUUGAAGUAUUUCUUUUUGUAACAAUGACACAAACAUUGUGUUAUCAGCAAUACUGUUGAACAGGUAUUUUUGGACUGGUUCGAAAACAAAAGCACUGGCAGCUCUCUCUCCCUCUCUCUCUCUCUCUCUCUCUCUAUCUGUGUAUCUCUCUUCUUCUUCUUCUUCUUCUUCUUCUUCUUCUUCUUCUUCUUCUUCUUCGUCUUCUUCUUCUUCUCUCUCUGUCUCAUCCAGACUCUUUCUUCCUGUCUGCCUCCCUCCCUCUUUGGUGCGUCAUUGGAGGUUAAACUCAGGAAUUCCUCAGAAUGUUUAGUAACGUACCCGUUAAUGUGUCCUCACACUUUAUUUUACAGUUCUGUUGAAUCUUAAUGAUUACUUCAGAACGUGAAGUCGAUGAGUCUGAAUAUCUGGCACUCUUAAGACUCCAUGUUUUGGAGAAAUGGGCUGAUCGAGCUCAUGUCUGUGUGUUUGGAGCUGACCAGGUGAGGUAAGCUGAGCUUUGCAUGAAGACUGGCUGAAGGGGGAAACAAUGAGCUGGUCUUUGUCCUAAUAGAAAAACAUGUCAGCAUAAACAGCUUCCAGGCCAAUUUCACAGUGUGAUAUUUGAAUCUGAAGCAUACAUGAAUAAUUCACGAGUGAAAAGUCAGAGAUGAUAUUCUGGUGAUACCUGUGAGGAACUUAAAGGACUAAAUCCUGAUUGCACAGCUUUUGCACCCUUUCUAAUCAGCUCACUAUCAUUCUGGGGACAUAUUUAAGAUCAGUCCUCCUACAGAUGAGAUGCUGACAGCUUAUCUCUACAAUCAGCUGCAACACAAGAGCAAACUGCACCAAGCUGGGACACUCUCUGAGUUGUCUGACUUUUGUUUUAGAGGAGUUAUCUUUGUGAAUUGAACCUUUAGAUAAGGCAGAACCAUUAUGAGCAAUCCUUGUUGCUGUUAGCAGCAGCAGCAGUCUGUUUUUUUUUUUGUUUGUUUGUUUGUUUGUUUUUCUAUUUGUUAUUAAAACACAAGAACACCUUGGCCAAGGUUACACACAUGCACAAACCAGACUCUGCUUUCAUGCUUUAAGGGGACUUCACAGAGGUUGCACAGGAACAGGUGCCUGAAACAGUCAGAGGUGUGUGGUCUUGCUCUUUUGUUCCAUUUCUGCAAAUUCAUGUUUGCAUUUAAUAGAGCUCAGCCAAAAAUAACUCACACACAUCUCAUUUUCUCAGGUCUGAAAUUUUCGACAGCUUGUGCCGAGAAAGUAAUAACAUCACAGGCACCUGCACAGAUAAGCUCUAGAAACCAGGAUGCAGGUAUUUAUCAUGCAAACAGGGACAUGAAUAACCAGGUUUCUCUGUGUGCAUGUGAACAAUUUAUCCUUUAUAUGAUUCUAACAGGAAAGAGGCUCAUAACCUGUACCCUCAAGUCCAUGAAAACAGUAAACUUUCUAUUGUGGAGCACUUUCCAAUUUACUGACAGAGGUUGACAUGAGCUGAGAUACACUGAGAGUAAAAGUCUACCUCAAAUUCAGUGGCUGACGUCCUUUUUGUCAAAGUUAUGGCACCAAGCAGCUCUUUCAAUGGUACAUGUGAAAUCUUGCUGGGGUACUAAUAGGUGCAGUUUCACAAAGUUCCUGCCCAGCUGCUCUUAAGGUGUUGGUAGCUGUUUGUAAUUGUCAGUCCGGCCGUUUCCCCCUCCACUCUUUAUGCUAAGAAAGCAGACGUGACUUUGAUUUCCAUCUUGAGUGUCUUUUUUUCCAGUCACUGGACUUACUACCUUUUAAAACCUAGAACAGCUGACUUUUUGCUGUUCUGCGUGACUCUUUUAGUGAAGCAGUAAUCGUUGAGAGACACAGGGCUCUAAAGUAAACUGUCACCAAAGGUUUGUAAAGUGUUGCAUUGGAUAAAUCAGUCAGAUGAACUCUCAUUAUGCAAAGUCGCUUCUGUCGAGCUUCACUUUUACUUUGUUUGUACUCGGACUGAUGUUUCUACAUGUUUCAUAUCAAAGAGACAGAGCCACACAGCACUGCCAAACAAACACAGUAUGUCCACAGCACUUCGAUGGAGUAUGAAGCAAUUUAACUUGAUGACCAGAAAGAUUCAAAGACCACACAGGUGUCAGUUUAAUGUCACUGAUGUCUAUUCAGCUCCUCUUCACCCUCGCUCGGGUUCUUGAGGGGAGAUGGGAGUUUGCCCAACCAGUCCACAUUUGUUUUGUGGACCUGGAGAAGGCCUAUGACCGGGUCCCUAGGGGAAUCCUGUUGGGGGGGGCUCCGGGAGUACGAGGUGGAGGGUUCCUUAUUAAGGGCUGUCCAAUCCCUUUACCAAAGGAGCACGAGCUUGGUCCGUGUAGCCGGCUGUAAGUCGGACUCGUUUCCAGUAAGGGGUGGCAGUCCUGCCUCAGGUGGAGGAGUUCAAGUAUCUCGUGAUCUUGUUCACGAGUGAGGGUAGGAUGGAACGGGAGAUCGACAGGCAGAUCGGAGCGGCGUCAGCAGUGAUGCAGACGCUUAACCGAUCAGUCGUGGUGAAGAAAGAGCUGAGCCGUAAGGCGAGACUCUCAGUUUACCAGUCAAUCUAUGUGCCGACUCUCACCUAUGGCCAUGAACUGUGGGUAAUGACCGAAAGAACAAGAUCGCGGAUACAAGCGGCCGAAAUGGGUUUCCUUCGCAGGGUGGCCGGGCUCAGCCUUAGAGAUAGGGUAAGGAGCUCGGACACUCGGGAGGCACUCAGAGUAGAACUGCUGCUCCUUCACGUCGAGAGGAGCCAGCUGAGGUGGCUCGGGCAUCUGGUUAGGAUGCCUUCUGGACGCCUCCCAUUAGAGGUGUUCCAGACAUGUCCCACCGGGAGGAGACCUCGUGGCCGGCCCAGGACCAGGUGGAGGGAUUAUAUCUCUCGCCUGGCCUGGGAGCGCCUGGGAAUCCCCCCGGAGGAGCUGGUGGAAGUGGCCGGGGUGAGGGCCGUCUCGGCUUCCCUCCUGAAGCUGCUGCCCCGCGACCCGGACCCGGAUGAAGCGGAAGAAAAUAACGACGACGACGUCCAUUCUCCAAAGAAAGCUGCAGCUUUUCUCUGAUGGGUUCAUUCAUUUCUGCUCAACAUGAGAAUUCAAAACAAAGUAAAAAGAUGAAAGUAUUUAACAUUUGGAUGUUAAAGAAGUGCAGAUCCUGUAAAAGCCUUUAAUAGAGGAUUACAAGAUUUGAUUCUUUCAGAUGAACAGCUUUAGUUUCUGUCCUCAGAGGUCACAGAGACCCUCUUACUGUGGAUAAUGGAAAUAUGGAGACCAAAAGUGUUGAAUUUAUUUGUUUUAUAUUCUCAGAAAAAUAAAGGUUUCAUAUUUGAUACAACAAUGUUUCCCACACUGUCCCAGGCUGCUUUCCUUUAAUUUUAAUAAUAUGAUUGAAGUUCGUGAAAACAAUGUCUCAUUCUUUGGAAAAUGUCUGGAGGUAUUUAAACAGUAAAUAAAACACUUGUGUGGUCUUUUAAUCAUCAGUUUAAUCCAAUCAAAAGUGCUCUUUAUGAUGCAUUUAUUUAUGGUCUUAUGAGUAGUACAGUUUUAGUGUUGUAUUUAUAGUAAUCAUGUGUUUAGCUGCACUCUUCUUGUUUUGUAAAUAUCCCUCUGAAAGUUGUUGGCUAGAAUACGUCGGUGUGAGACACACAGAUUUUUAUUUCUCUCUGCAAGACUGAUGAUUUUCUGCUCAUAAAUCAGUUUCUGUGGUGAUGAAUGGGCUGCAACUCCAAACAAACACAGAGCAGUGUUAUUGAUCCAGGGUGAUGCCAAAUUCAUCUGCCGCUGAUCAAUCGGCACGUGUCUGGGGUGAGUGCAGCGGCCGGCUGUUACUGUGGCUGUGCCGAACUCUGCAGCUGGUUCACAGUGCUGCACAGUGUUUACAAGCUGGUUCAAAAUGCUGUACAGUGUUUACAGGCUGACUCACAGUGCACCACUCUGUGUACAGGCUGCAAUUGUUUUUGCUGCUUCUGUUCUGCACAAUCAGAGUGAAGUCCCUUUUUUAAGGAAGUCAAAAAAAUAAAUGGAAAUAAAUAAAUACAUAAAUAAAUGUACUUAAAUGUACAGAAGCCCUGAACAGUUACGUGUCUAUGCUUUGCUCUAAUUUUUAUUUUUUACUAUCAUGCUUUAAUUGAUUCCUGAUUGCCUGUCUUAAGACAUGAAUAUUUUUAUCUUCAGUUUUUAGAAUAUAAACCUAGAUUCUCAUCAAGUCACAUAGUUGUUGUUUUUUUUUCUUUUUCUUAAAUAGUUUUUCCAUUUCAUUUUCGUUUCUUCUUACCAUCUGAUUAUGGGGCUGGUUUUCUCAACAGAACUGACUUUUAUCUGGAAACAGUCCUAAUCUCAGUUUAAUUAUCUCAUCUUCUUAAGAAAACAAAGUUUGAUUUCCAGUUAUCGUGGUCUCUAUGACAGUUAUAUAAAUUGGUUUUCCAUUAAUUAAUUUCAUUAUCUCAGGAUACCAGAGCUUAUUUAAAUAAUGAUGAGUUAAUUUUCAGCUGUUUACAGAAGAUCUUGCCUCAUUAAUCUUGUUGAGUACAGACACCACUUUCCCUUUCUAACAAACUGCCCUAUCUCUUUAUCCCGACAGAGCAGGUCUUAAGUGGUUGACGCUUGAUUUUUAAUGUCCAGUCAUGUGGACGCACUAGAGCUUAUCUUGUUCUUGUUUCGGAUGAAUCCAUGUCACUAUCCUGAGAUAAUAACGCCUCUUUUGAAUUUAUACAUUUUAAUUAUCUUGUUAUCUCAAGAUAAAAAAAAAAGGUUCUCCAUGAAAACAUAUUAAUGCUAUUAUUUUAUAGGAUCUCAAUUUAUUAAUUUCACAAUAUCAACAUGAUAUACAAGAUAAUUCGAGCUCUGUUUUGAUUGGAUCUCAAAUUUUUUUAUAUUUAUUUUUUUCUUUAUAUUUCAUUUUAGUUGUGAUAAGAUAUUUUGGUUUGUUGUAAAAUCUUUGUUAAUUAAGAACCCAAUCCCUUUUCCCAACAAAAUCAACAUAUAAUAUGUUUUUCUCUCGAAUAGCCCUGUUUUGCUUCAAUUGGAAUUAGGGAUUAUUAGGUUUUGCAAUCAUGAGAUAACCUCCCAUCAUCACUGAUCCAUUAAUCUUUUUAUUUUGAGAUAUCAAAGCAUGUUCUGUCAUGAUAUUCAUGUCUUGGAGAUAAGUAUAACUGGAGCUCUUGAACAAAUAACAUUUUUGGAUUCAUGGUCACUCAGGGCUUCUGUACAUUUGCAAACUUACAUUUAAAGGGUGAAAAUGGAAGAGCUGUUGUGUUCUGUAUGUCUCAGUCACUGUUGGAGCUCUGCAGAAACUGAAACAUGUGAGUGGUUGUUGUUAAGGCAGACUCAUAAAAACCCCACAGGACUCAGAUGAUCAUCUUGAAUAUUCACUGCUCAGCUGGUUUCAUGGAUUUUAUUCCUUGAUGUGAACUUGUUUAUUUAUUUAUUUGGACUCUUGUUGUCGGAGGUUGUUGGUUUGGCGUAGAGGAAAUGGUGGAGAUGUAAAAAGUAGGUCGCUCUCCAUUCUUAGUACUGAUUUGUUCUUUUUUUUUUUUUUUAUUGAGAGGUUUUUUUUUAUUAGUGAGCUGUAAUAUUUUAACUUAAAGGGUGUGAGUAUGUUUACAACUUUGUGAAUAACCUGCUGUUUUUGUUCUGUAAAGAUAUUAUCAAACCCAGGGGGUUUGUUUGAUAGAAAUCUGAUUUUGCUCUUUUUUAUUGAAUAAGUUAAAACUUUGGUAAAUUUGUGAGAACAAUAGGAAUCUGACGAGUGCAGCUACAAUUUCUUGCCUUAAAGAGGUUACAGUGGCCAAACUGUCCUGAGAGGAAAGAGGAUUUUAUCCAACUACUCUUACAAACUGUGCUGCUGCAAUGACAUAAAAAGUCGAUGUGGCCCCUCCUGACCCUGACUUUAUUUGUUUUGGCUGACGCCUCAAGGGGAGAAACAGCAACAGUAGGACUUUAUUUCAGAUUGUUUUUUCAAUCACUGUUCAUGAAAGCGUGUUUUACGAAAACUAUAAGCCAAGUACAUCUGCCUGUGGACAUACAGAGACCCACAGCCAUCAAUAUGAAAUAGUCACAUCAGAAACACUAAAAAGGAUCUUUUGAGAGGCUAAUGUUAGCCUCCACGUCUCUAUGUUGUUUUAUAGGUGCAUAUUGUCCUUAUUAUUAUAAGUUUACUUGAAUUAAGACUGAUUGCGGUGGGUCUCCGGUGUCACUAACCAGGAAAAAAUUGUAACUGUUCAAACGAUAAAAACUUACUUGAAGAUUUGAUACGUAACUUUUCUGGGACCAAAGGUCGAGAAAACUGGAGACACAAAGAUUUAAGAGAACAUGAAGUUUUUCUGUAGCACCAUACUGUGCAAAAAAGUCCAGACUGCCUAAAAAUAUGAUGUCUUCACAGGCUUUACUUCUUGUUUGUUCACUAGUUAACAUCUGUUUUAACCUUUUAUGUAUGCAGUCAUUUCUCAUCCAAACAUGCGAACAGAGACAGGCUGCAGAAAAAAAAAGUUUCUUAAAUUCACCUGUUUGUUUUAGGUUUAGUUUGAGUCUUUGUGACCCUCAAAAUAUAGCAGGAUUUAAACUUUAAAAACCCUGAUAAUAAGUCUAAUCCACAAGAACAGCUCAGUGGUUCUGUGAUUUUGAUAGAAGCCCCAUUUCGUACGUUAUAGCCCUGAUUAUAAUGUUGCUGCAACAUGAAAUCAUCAGGGUCCAGAUUUCAACGUCCUUCCUUGGUUCAGAGGUUUGGUUCAGACCAUUCAUUCAGGAGAGGAAACAGAAAUUUCUGCUAAUUUUCGGGGUUUAAUUUGAGCUGAAAGAGACUGAUUAAUGCUGUAACAUUUUUUCAGUAUAAAUGUUGAUGCGCCUUGCCUGCUCUGUUUCGACUGUUUCGGAAGUCAGUUUUCAUCAAAAAUCGUUUUGCAAAUGGUAAAAAGAAAAAGUUUCCUGGACGCAGGGCUGAUGGAACAAAAAUCUGCCAGUGGAGACUUAAAACAGUCUUUCAAUACUGCAAAAAGUAUGCACUUCAUAAUUAAGAGAUCCAUCUGCUCUAUAUACUGUAAAACUGCCACAAAUACAGAAAAGAAGGCAGUCCAAGUUAUAAAACAGAACUGAGAAACAAUCAUCAGCAGUUUGGUGAAUACUUUGUAUUGAUUCUGGAUAAAUGAGGAUUCAUGGUGUGCUGUCAUUUCCUACAGCGAUGCUCCAUAAUAGAUCUACGCAGAGAUUUUAAACUCAUUUUGGCUGAUACUGAUAAAAACACAGUUUCCCCUGUAAAAAAACCCACCUGUUACUCUUACUAUGACUGUCUGUUGAACUCUGUUUUCUUUUCCACAUACAGACAUCCUGUAACACAUCUGUCUGUUUCUGACACUUCAAAAUACAGGCAACAUUAAAUUAAUGCAUCACCUUUCUGGGGAAUGAUUGGAUCUGCAGAAAUGUUCAUAUCAUGCUGAUAGUCGUGUGUAUUUCCAAUUUCUGACGCCGAAAUAUUGUGGGGCCUAAAUCAGGACUUUAUCAGCUGUUUCAUGGCACUGUUAUUCUCCACCCUCUCACCUGAACAUCCUCCAGUUUGAACCUGGAUCAGGGUCCAUCAGGGAGAUGGUUCUAGUCACAGAAAAAAAAAAAAAACUGGGUCCAGUCUGUACAACGUCAGCUUUUCCGGGGCCACUCAACUCUUCAAAGAUGUUUUUUUUUUUUUUAGUUGAACAGACUUUAAGCACUUAUCUACCUGGAUGAUUCAGCAUACCUCUCCUCAUGGGUAAGGACUGUACAAUAGACCUGUAGACAGAUUUCUGUGGCGUUGUUUCUAACUUUUUACGGUGGUUUCUUCAUUGUAUUUGUAGAUUUUGGUGAGCCAUUUUUUUACUUGUCUUUUUUUUCAGUACCUGCAGCACGACUGUCGACUGCAGAAUAGAUUUCCUUUUUUAUCUCUGAAUAUUUGAUGAGCUGUGUUUUCUUUAGAUUUUUGUAAAUAUUGUGCCACAUGUCACAUUCUGUUUAUUUGAUAUGAAGAAGGUUUUAAAGA